AUCCGCCAGGGACUGUUGAGGAUUUAUAAAAACUACAGUUUGCGGGAAAUUCCGAAGACAGGUUUUAUGGAUUUUGGUUUACUUUACGAAAACGAUACAGGAGAAUAUGUAGUGUUGGAUGACGUUCGCAUUGCAGACAUUUGCCUCGCUUCGCUUGUUUACUUGUUUGUUUACGUUAGCACGAAUUGCGUGCCUAUUGCACAUUUGCGUCAAAACAAGCGGUUUCCAUUACUCUAUUUGGGCGACGCCCAAAUAACAAACUUUAAAGCCGCAUAAAGUUUUAAUGCGUAACGCUACAACCCAUCCCCGUCACACAUCCUCUUUUCCAGUUGUUUAAGAUAUCGAUAUUGAUCAAACAAAACCAUCAGCGAGUUCCCACCUCGGGGGGAGAAAAAUCCCGAGCUGUUUACUUACUGAUGAGCACGGAAAGCGAGAAUUUGUCUAGCCUGCGUAGCAGGCGUCAAAAGGGGUAAGGAUUGGAAGGAAGGGGGGAAAGGGAGGGGUGGGUAAUUUGAUACCAUGGGAUUAGUAGAGGAUUGAAACAAACUGCCUCAAUCUCAUGUAAUGCGGAAAUCAUAAUACCUUGAUAAAAUUAUAGUAUAUAUAGAAAAUUGGGAGAAGUUUGAGUUGAAACUAUCGUUCGUAAAAUUACGACUGAAAUUUGUCAUUAGUCCGGUUGUCAAGCAAGUUCCAGGGGUAGGGCGUAUGACAGCACAUCUGCUACGUCAAUUGAAAUUCCAUUUUACUUCAAAUCACACACAAAAUGACUUAGCCUCGUUAGAAGGUCACUCAUCCGGAACGAAUCAUACCUGGCAGUGUUCGGAGAAAAACAGGAAUUCUCAGACCAACUUCCUUAGUGGAAGAUUCCAUCAGUCUACAGCAUCUGUUAUAAGAUCUUUUUGUGAGGUUUUUGUUAUUUUGUUCAGGGAAAUAUUAAUAACUGUAUAUUAGAUUUAAUGUGAACCCUCAUAUGCUUCAUUAGUUUUCAAAUUUUCCUGUAUGGCUGCAUUUUGGGAGCUAUUUCUGGUAGCACUUACGUCACUUUUGUUGACGCAGGUCAGUUGAUCGGUGAAACGGAAAGCUUAGUUAUAAAGGAAGGGAAAAUCCCAUAGGUUCAACUUUUUCUUGGUAGAGGGAUUGAUUGUUGCUUUACGUAAGUUUUGUACAAGUCCCGUUAAUUUGUGAAGGAAAAUGCAAUUGAGUUUUAUACUUAAACUUGUCUUACAAGAUAUGAUUUGCUCGUAGAUCCUUUGGUCGUCACAAAUCAAGCGAAGUAUCAAGACUAUUUGGGAAUUUAUAACUGAGGUACACAUUGCAUAGGCUGAAGUUAUACUAGAACUUGAAGGUUCCCUUACCUUAGAAAUGCAUUAUAUAUUAUUUGGUUGUAUACCUGCCACCUCUCACGCAUUAUAUGCAUGAGUCUCACGCCUGCGGACUAAAGACAUGAAUCUCGCGCGUCAAGGAUAAUUCAGCUGACAAUUUCUCACGCAUGACUAGCAAAUUACUCGUCCAUACAUGGUUAUCAUCCCACUCUGUAUACAGUUAAAUCUCCAUUAAGUGGCCACCUAUUACGCAGCUGUGAAUUGAGCGGCCACCUCUAUUAAAGGGAGCUUAUGCAAAGGCGUUUUUAAGCAACGCACGUCAACCGGAAGUGGAUUUUUCACAUUCUUGAGCGGUGGUUUCGCCCAAAUUUCCAGUCAAAUCGUCUCUUAUGAGAGUAAAGAAGCUAAGCAGUACAAAUUUUAUAUCUUCAAGGCAUGUUAAGAGGGUAAAGGUCUCACUUCUGGUUGACGCCGUGCUCAAAAACGCCUUUGCUUAAGCUCCCUAAGCCUGUACGCAAACGUUGUGUUAUCUUUCUUUUCGUUCUUUUCGAAAACAUCGGCAAGCGCGUAGCGCGAAAAAGGAAAUUAAAGAACGUCCAUCUAUUUUCCUCUUCCCCUACCCCUACCCCCUUGAGCUAGCGGUCAAUAAAUCCCCCGCGUUUCAUAUUUUUCAUACCUGUGCAUAGACCCCCCCACCUCCCCUCAGUAAAAAAUGGAGAUCGGGCCCCUUCUCCGACUUUUACUGAGGGGAGGGGUGGGGUCUCUACAGGCUAGAUUUUUAUCUUUGAAGAGAAAAUAGAGGGUCUGUAAACAGGCUAAAAAUAGUUGUAGAAAAGAAUGGGAAAUUAAACCACUAUUGAGCGGCCACCUUUAUUAAGCGAUCGCGGCCAUCUUUUUGCCUUUCCAACAAGAGAUUUUCGACUGUUGUCAACUCUAUUAAGCGGCCAUCAAGCACUUGACGCACUAAGUUAAGACAGUCCGAGAUAGAAGGUGACGACCGAUUGUGGACCAGUAAUGCUGCCCCCGUUGCGUGUUCGUUUUAAAAUAAAGUGAUGUUACUCGACCAAAGAUCAUGAUAAUUUAUGACAUUGCGGCCACUUGCUACUCGUACUUGCUGGCCGAGGAAAGGAGAGCCAUCAUCUUAUGAAUUUUCAUUGUAGCUAUUUGUACUUCGCCCAGACCAAGGUAAAUACCAUUGGCUAAAAAAUGACGUUCCGGAAAUCAAAGUUGAUUCAUAACAGGCCUGGCUGGCCUCCCCUAAAUUUUCGCGAGAAGUGUGGAAACACGAUGCUUUUAUUGCCAAAACCCGUAUUAUGUCGGCGAUCGCUGAACUCACUCUGACAAAGAAGACCGGCAGCGGAAGAAAAUCGCUUUCUCCUUCUGUGAGAGAUAACUGUCGUCUGUGUGUUAAAUUUGGUUCUCAGGGGGAUCUGAUUGGAAUCGAGAACUUGCAGUUUCAGCCCUCAAAGCAGACGGGCUCUUUUGAUGUAAUUCUCGCAAAGCUGUACGUGUGAAAGUGUUGGAUUGCCAACAGACAGGAAUCCAUUAUGGGCUCCUGCAAUAGAAUAUUACGAGCCGAGGAUCAGUCAGACCGAGUUUGUAGUUCUAUUGGAAGGAAAAUCAGAACCCAUCAUCAGUUGUAUUGGUUUGUGUCAAGCGCCUUGUUUAGUUCUGAAAACGAGAGGAGUGAAAGUGAAGAGAGAUUCAAGCGCCCGGUUCAAGCGCUGCCUUCCAACCCCGGUGGGGGGUCAGGGAGGGGGUGGUACUGCCAUAGUUAUAUGGGCCAUAUUGGUAUGUGCCGCUGUGAAGGGUAUGGUUUUCAAGCAGUUUACUCUGGGAUAGGGUAUAUGAAUACCGUAAAUCCUCUAUUAAGCCCCCCUACCCUCCCCUCCCCUCUCCUAAUUAUUCUUUACUAAUUAACAAUUAUUCCUCGAGCUCGAAUGUGCUCUGAGUCAAUUUCGGCCUCAUGGGCUUUUGACUCGGAGGCCAUGAGAGAGAGAGGAAUAAUUAUUAUUGUUUUUGUAAAAUCCAGCUAGUUGGUCAAAAAUAUCGAGAGAAAACAACUUUAGCUAGCAAAACGCGAUUCAGCCGCCAUUGUUUUUUGUUUUCAAAGCCGGCGCUUUUCGAUACGAGUGGGCUAUAACAUACAGCCUAGUAGUAGCUCAAGCAAUCAGAACGCAGCAUUGAUAAUAAACCACUAGUUGAUAUUACUAAUAAAUGAUAGACUGUAUUAACCAAUCACGACUGUAAAACUUCGUGUGGACUGAUCCGGGAUGGUUUAUUUACCAACUGGUAGUUCGGAUUUGAUUCUGAUCCUCGGUUGCAUGACCUAAAACUUUUUGUACUUGAGCUUUUCCACUUUGUAUUCUAUUUCUUCAUGGAGAACUGAUACCAUCGUCGUUUCUAAGUUAAAUAAGCCCCCCCCCCGUCUCUAUUAAGCUCCCCCCCUCAAAUGGGCGUGAAUUAAAUAAUCCCCCGGGGGGCUUAAUAGGGGAUUUACGGUAAGAGAGUUUGGGUCUAAUUGUUGGUUUUCACAUGACGUCACUAAAAUUCAAACUACAAUACUAUCUAUCCUACUGAGAUUUUACUUUCAUGGUGUAUUAGAGCAGCUGAAAACUAGUUUUCAAACAAAUUUUCGCUUCAAAAGGGUUCUUGGUUUUGUAAUAGAGUACGCUUGAAUUUCUAAGCUUUUGCGUGACGCGGCAUUUACAUAACGGCCGAGAGAGCUGUCAUUUAGGUUAAAAAAGUGACUUUUUUCAAGGAAUUUUGUUAUCUAAACACUUCAAGUGUUAGAAAAAGUAUCACUUUAAUGUUUAUGAGUUCCUCUAGGAGUAAAUUCACGCUUUUGUAGCAAAACUCGGUAACAGAUGUUUCUGUUAGUUUCCGUCCGCCAUGUUGGAGCUCACCCGGAUGAGCUCCAGCAUGGCGUCUCCAUACAAAGCUCUAUAAAUUUGGGUUAAACAUUUCCUCGGAUAUCUCGUAUACGAAUUAUUUCUUCGACCCAAAUCUUGGCGAGGGUCUUCGUAUAUUUACCUCCUUUCAUUUCCCAGAUUCUAGACUUUAUCUGUCGAAUCGUUUUGAUUUUUAUUUUGAUCUAUUUUAAAUGGCGUGACACUGAAAACCAGCAAUAGGGUAUUAUUUUCCAGGAAACUGAUCAGUUGGUUGAAGAUUUUCGGGCACUUUCCAUUCAAUUCCCAAAAUUCCGGAAAUUUCGGUUGGUACAUGAAAUGAAACGGACCAUUUCGGUUUGGUCCGACCGGAAUAUUCGGGACCAGCUUUGAAGGUGGUCCACUUUGACCGGUCUGGUCGUUUCGGUUGGUCGAACUUCCCAUUUGCCUAAAUUGUUGCCCCCUUAGACUUUCCGCUCUUUUGUUUCCUGCUUCCAAGAACAACUAGUAGUUUCCAGUGGAAAGUGAAGAGCUGCGAGUGAGUAUGACAUUUCAAAUGGUUUGAAUCAGUUGCAGUUUCUUUCGAUUUUUUAUAUUUGCUAUUAACAGAGUCAAAUAACUGUGCAUGUAACUCAACACGACACGUGGAUGAUGAAAAGUGUGUGUAUCAAGCUACAAUUGUAUUACAAUAUAAUUCACCACUUUAUUUUUGUUUUCUUUCUUUAUUUUUUCUAUCACUCUUCCUGCCGUAAGGAUCAGUUUACUGUUUUAAGUUUAAAAUUUGGUUCAAUUGUAUUAGACUACGAACAGUCUCUCUUUUUUCUUAGUCCGUCGAGCAAAACGCGCGAGACACUCAAAUGACCAAGCUCGUGACUGAAGGUGCGAGACUGGAGAUCUCGGGCUGCUGCCCUCGUUUUUCCCGUUUCGCGGCUUCGCCGCUCACGCGCGCGCGAGUGCACUCCCCUCCCGAAAUCUGAAGAAAAAGAGUGACUGUUCGCGGACUGCAAUUGUAUGAAAGUCCGUGAGAAUAAAUCAGCGUAUUAUUUGUCUGAAACCUGUCCACAGUAAGGUUUAGAGCACGCGAGCUAUGGAGUGAGUGGAUGAGUGAAUUUCCAAUCGACUUCAAUAUUAAACUGGUCCAUUACGCUUCGCUAGCGUAUCAAAUGAUUUUCAAUCUUUGCUUCUGCCAUGUAUAUUAUAACAAGUCAGGGAAUUUCAGUAUGAGUCGGGUAAAAUUUAACUGUUCCAUUGGCAGAAGAAGAUUGUUUCAAAAAGUUAAAGACAUGCACGCAGAUAAUUACAUAGGGUUUCCCAUAAAAUCAAUCCAUUCUGCACUUUACAUUCACGAUAAAUUCGUGUUUUACAGGGAAAGUGUACAUUGACUGUCAGUCUGGGAAUUUCAAAAUCUAUGGCUCUGUCAUGCACUGUCUCAACAAGCUCAUGCAUGUUUAGAAUGGAGACCAAUGGAGAAACGGAUCACCUUGUUUGUGAACAUUUCAUACAAAUUCACUCUUGCAUGAGUAUUUUGUUUCUUUAAACACUUGCAUAAGUGCUAAAACAUUUGCACUUUUUACAUGGAUUCAGUGCUUGAUAGUGAAGGCCCGCAUAUUCAAUAAUCAUAAGUCAUGAUCACUUUAGUAAUUCUCAUGAACUGCAUAGUGACAUUGCUACAUGUAAUCUGAUUUUCUAUUUCACCGAUUAUGUUUUCACCUUACUGUUACUACCCUGCGAGCAGAGAUUUCUCUCUUGCAUGGCUUUUAGCGUUUACGAAGUCAUUUGCGUGGCUUGUCAGUCGCGUGGUUAGUUUGUUUACGCCCCGUGAGAAACCUGUGUAGCAAGAAGCUUGGGAUUUCCGUUGAGCAUGCGCCAGAUUAAUAAUUCGUUGCUAUAGAGAUAAUGACGUAAAUUUUAUCACCUAACAGAAAUUAGUGCCGUCAAAAACUAAUUUUACUCGUCCCAUUUCCUAGCCUGCGAACAGCAGACGUAUUUCCAGGAGAGAAGCGACGACCGGAAAUACGCUCUUCGUAGGCCACACAUUUCCGGACAAGUGGUCUUAUUUCGUCUACUUCCGGACAAAGAAACGUGAAUGAUUUGGAAAAUCGCUUUAUCCAAACUAUUUAUCACUGUUUACGGUUUAGUCAACGACUAUAUCGCACAUCAGAGGCACCUCUGAAACUAUCGCAUGUAUACUACAAGCUUCCAAUAGACGUGUUGCACACUAAUGUCAAGGAUAAAGACAAACCGGAGAACAGACAAGAAGCAGUGUUAAAGAUCAAAUGCUGCGACUGCCAGGCUACUCACAUUGGUGAAACCGGCAGAAACCUUAGCACGCAGCCUUAGCAACUGACCGAACGCAAACGAGCGACGAGAAAUGGUGACGUCAACAAUUACAUUGCUGAUCACCAUUUACAGACGAAACAUCAAAUCGACUCGGACUCUGAGACAUGUAUUACGUAUUCUCAGACUACUAUCAACGACCCACUUUAGAAAUCUGGUUUACUAACUGAGAGCAACCGUCAUUGAAUCGUAGUCAACAGUUGCCGGUACCGUACAAACGACUUUAUCGACGGACUCAAGCAAAACUAAUUACGAGAGAGUGACCGGACAACCGACAAUUUGACUGACAUAUCCGACUUUUUCACUGUGCAUAGUGCACACAGCGAACUAGGGAUCAGAGAAUUCGUCAAGUGGUCGAGUUUGGUCGCUUACUAGAGCUUAGAAACAAUGGAUAAUCAUUAAACUUUCAGGCCCAAAAAGUGGUCGCGGUGGCUUACGGGAGAUGGUCACUUACUAGGGGUUCUAACUGUAAGGCUGUAACAGGGAAAGUUUUGGUGCAUGAGUUUUGGAUAGGCGGUCUCUUAUGGGAAGUGUUCGCUUACGAGAGGUGGUCCCACAUGGAGGUUCGACUGUACCAUCAACUGACUUAAUACAACUCACUUUGACUCUGCAGAUGAUUACCGCGUGUCAGUCAAUGUCAGUGCAACAGUCCUAUUUAGUACUACGUCAGCCCUCGGACGAUCAUGCUCAUCCUACUUCAUAGAUCUACUUAUAAGAAAAUAGGAGAGGAAAAGAAAAACUCCUCAGGUUUUUACAGCGAGUUAGACUUAAUCUGGAAACAGCUGUGGAACUAUUAUAGUUUUUUGAAAACCCACAAGCUUAAAAUACCAGUAACUUUCUCAGUGUUUUGGGGGUAAAGAAAUAGAUUUUCUUUUCAAAUGCUAAACACUUGUGUUCCGCUGCCCAGAGAUGUUAACCCUUAGAAAUAAGUUCACUUUCCCAAAUUUGAGUUUUCUGAACUGAUGUUUCCGCUGGUCCGGUUUGUAGUUUGUUGACAACAGAUUUAUUUUUUCAGUGGAAGGUAGAUGAAUGUACAAUGAGUAGAGUAGACAGACAAUUUUUAUUAUAUAAACGCCAAUGAAAUACCAAGUGAGCUUUCGCGCGAAAACUUGUUAUCUUCACAUGUGAAAAUGUCACCGUUGUUAUGGCUUCAUAAUAAACCGCACCUUUAAGACGAACAAACUAUUUAAGUAAAAUGGUUUGGUAUUUCAUUGGUGUUUAUAUAAUAAAUAGAACAUCACAUGGUCGCUUGGAGAUACGAAAUUUCUGCUCUCGUGUUGAAAAAAAUAUUUCACUGGUGAGCGCAGCGAACGAGUGAAAUAUUUUUCAACACUCGAAGAAAAGUUUCGCAUCUCCGCGCGGCCAUAUAAAUACAGGAUAUUACACGGUGGCGCGAAGAUAUGAAUUUUAUUUUCGAGUGGCAAAACAAUAUUUUACGAACGAGCGCAGCGAGUGAGUAAAAUAUUCUUUUUGCCACUCGAAAAUAAAAUUCAUAUCUUCAAGCCGCCGUGUAAUGUUCUUUUUAUUAUAUAGACUAAAUGACAUCGAUAAAGUAGUAGAGGGAAAUUACCAAGAUUACGUCAUCGAUAACCUCACGUGUGAGUUUAUGGAAAAUAAACCACUCGGGUCCCGGAUGUAGUUUUUAUGAAUUUUACGAGUGGUAUAUUUUCCAGUACAACACUCGUGUCUAUAUAAUAAUAUCCUCUAUAUAUACACCAUGUUUAAACAAUGGUAAAUUUCGAUCAUUAUCACGAAACGAAUAUUAACAUUUUCCUUUUUAGAGAACAUCCCAAUCAGAUUAUACAACGAUGAAAAACACGUGCAAGGAUCCCUUUUUGAGGCAAAUCAAAUGCGACUAUGAUGGGCAAAAACGAAUAGUAAAAGAGCUGAUAAAUAAGCUUUUACUCCAGCUUUAAAUUUUACUUUUCAGACCCUCUUCGUUAUCGCACAUAAAGAGGAAUGGUAUCGGCAGAAAAAAGAAACCACAGUAUGAGGUUGAGCUGAAAUAGCAAAGCCAGCAAAAAAAAUAUGACAACCACAGGUAUUAAUGGUAAUAUUGGCGACCCCUUUGUCAACUUUAAAGAUUUCCAGCACGUCCUAGGCAUCGCCUAUUACAGUCUGGGAGAUUUCCGGAAAGCCAUAGAGCACCAUGAACGACACCUCGAAAUUUCGAAAGAAGUGGGAGACAGGGCAGGAGAAGGAAGAGCGUACGGUAAUCUUGGCAGCGCCUAUUACAGUCUUGGAGAUUUCCAGAAAGCCAUAGAGUACCAUGAACGACGCCUCAAAAUUUCCAAAGAAGUGGGAGACAGGGCAGGAGAAGGAAGAGCUUACUGUAAUCUUGGCAACGCCUAUGACAGUCUUGGAGAUUUCCAGAAAGCCAUAGAGUAUCAUGAACGAGACCUCGAAAUUUCGAAAGAAAUGGGAGACAGGGCAGGAGAAGGAAGAGCUUACUGUAAUCUUGGCAACGCCUAUGACAGUCUUGGAGGUUUCCAGAAAGCCAUAGAGUACCAUGAACGAGACCUCAAAAUUUCGAAAGAAGUGGGAGACAGGGCAGGAGAAGGAAGAGCUUAUUGUAAUCUUGGCAACGCCUAUGACAGUCUUGGAGGUUUCCAGAAAGCCAUAGAGUACCAUGAACGAGACCUCGAAAUUUCGAAAGAAAUGGGAGACAGGGCAGGAGAAGGAAGAGCUUACUGUAAUCUUGGCAACGCCUAUGACAGUCUUGGAGAUUUCCAGAAAGCUAUAGAGUACCAUGAACGACACCUCAAAAUUUGGAAAGAAGUGGGAGACAGGGCAGGAGAAGGAAGAGCUUACUGUAAUCUUGGCAACGCUUAUCACAGUCUUGGAGAUUUCCAGAAAGCCAUAGAGUACCAUGAACGACACCUCAAAAUUUCGAAAGAAGUGGGAUACAGGGCAGGAGAAGGAAGAGCGUACGGUAAUCUUGGCAACGCCUAUCACAGUCUUGGAGAUUUCCAGAAAGCCAUAGAAUACCAUGAACGACAUCUCAAAAUUUCGAAAGAAGUGGGAUACAGGGUAGGAGAAGGAAAAGCGUACAGUAAUCUUGGCAGCGCCUGUCGCAGUCUUGGAGAUUUCCAGAAAGCCAUAGAAUACCAUGAACGACAUCUCAAAAUUUCGAAAGAAGUGGGAUACAGGGCAGGAGAAGGAAAAGCGUACGGUAAUCUUGGCACCGCCUAUUUUUGUCUUGGAGAUUUCCAGAAACCCAUAGAGUACCAUGAACGACACCUCAAAAUUUCGAAAGAAGUGGGAGACAGGGUAGGGGAAGGAGGCACGUACGGUAAUCUUGGCAACACCUAUCACAGUCGUGGAGAUUUCCAGAAAGCCAUAGAGUACCAUGAACGAUACCUCAAAAUUUCGAAAGAAGUGGGACACAGGGCAGGAGAAGGAAGAGCGUACGGUAAUCUUGGCAACGACUAUCACAGUCUUGGAGAUUUCCAGAAAGCCAUAGAGUACCAUGAACGACACCUCAAAAUUUCGAAAGAAGUGGGAGACAGGGCAGGAGAAGGAAAAGCGUACGGUAAUCUUGGCAACGCCUAUUACAGUCUUGGAGAUUUCCAGAAAGCCAUAGAGUACCAUGAACGAGACCUCAAAAUUUCGAAAGAAGUGGGAGACAGGGCAGGAGAAGGAAAAGCGUACUGUAAUCUUGGCAACGCCUAUCACAGUCUUGGAGAUUUCCAGAAAGCCGUUCAGUCUUAUGAGAACAGUGUUAUAGCCUUCGACCACAUUAGGAGAAAUCUCAUAUCUAACGACGAAUGGAAGAUUACCCUUAAAAGUACGUAUGAUCAUAUUAAUUUGAGGCUGUGGGAGCUGCAGUUUAAGGAAGGUAAAGUCAUCGAGGCACUUUUAACUGCUGAUCAAGGACGUGCACGAGCCUUAAAUGAUCUUCUGGAGUUCAAGUAUGGCCUUAAAGGGUUACGCCAAGAAAUAGGAACACUUUCUGCAAGACCAAGUGACUUUGCUGGUUACUUACCACCAAAUACAGCUUUCAUGGGUAUCAGCGAGGGAGGAAUAGUUCUCUGGGUGAACGAGAAAGGAAAUGAAAUCAAAACUAGAAGAACUGUGAUUGACAUGUCCGUCACAACCUAUUUGCAGUCUCUACUGGAGGCUACACAUAAAGAAAUAGGUGUAAGAGCUGAUGUUAAUUGUGAAGAUCGCUCAUUAAGUAACCCAAGUGAUAAGAAGUUAGCAGAAAAAAGAUCAAGUAAGCCUAAGUCUCAUCCUUCAUAUUUUGAGAUAAAGUCAUUGCAAACAUUUUACAAUGUUGUCAUAGACCCUAUAAGAGACUUAAUCCAGGGCGAUGAGGUUGUGAUUGUUCCAGAAGGAACUUUGUGUUUGGCGCCUUAUGCUGCUUUCAUGGACUUGAAAUCAAAGUACCUCUGCGAAACGUUUAGAAUUCGUCUGCUCCCCUCGCUUUCUAGCCUGCAAUUGAUUCAAAAUUGUUCAGCAGAUUGGCACAGCAAGACUGGCGCUCUUCUCGUCGGCGAUCCGUGGGUACAGGAGGUAACGACGCUAGAGCAGUUAGAGUGGGCCAAAAAAGAAGUGCAGAUGAUUGGGGAAAUUCUUCACACUGUACCUCUCGUUGAAAAGCAGGCAACAAAAGAUGAAGUCUUGAGACGUAUUUCCUCGGUUGCUUUGGUGCACAUUGCUGCUCACGGUGAAAUGGAAACAGGAGAAAUUGCUUUAGCCCCAAACACAACGCCUCCAUCCGUGGAUCCAGCCAGGGAGGACUAUAUCUUAACUAUGAAAGAUGUUUUAAAGGCGCAGAUUAGGGCAAGACUUGUUGUACUUAGUUGUUGUCAUAGUGCUCGGGGACAAGUCAAAUCCGAGGGUGUGGUCGGCAUCGCACGGGCAUUUUUGGGUGCCGGUGCUCGGUCUGUUCUGGUUUCCCUGUGGGCGAUCGACGACGAAGCUACUAUGGAGUUCAUGAAAGUUUUCUACCAGCAACUAGUUCAUGGACGAAGUGCCAGUGAGGCCCUGAAUAAAGCCAUGAAUUCCAUGAGAGAAUCUGACCGCUUUAGCGCAGUGAAGUACUGGGCGCCGUUUGUUCUCAUUGGUGAUGACGUAACGCUCGAGUUUGAAGGCAUCGAUUAAAUAGCAAGGUAUUUUGGGAUAUAUCUAAACCUGGGAUCAUAAUCCCUGCAUUUGCAAUCGUCAUUUUAGCUAGCAAUUAUUUUUUUCGCUUUAUCGGAAAACGAACUUAACCGGCGCCACGUGUAGCGUCAAUCUGUCACGUUGACAGUGUGAAAGGAGAUUUUGUUUGGCAGUUAAACACUACAAAUGAAAUUUAUUUCAAGUCUCAUGCUUUCUUUACAUUUCAAAGUGUUCCUGGCUCUGUUUGAGUUCGUUCCAUUGUAACUUCCAGUAUGCGACACCUAAAAUUCCAAAAUGAAAUUUCCGGUCGCUUAGGAAAGUGUCCGGUGGUACUUACCUACAUAAGAAAACCGGAAAUUCCAGUUAGAAAACCAAGUGGUUCGAGCCAUUCCGUUUGGAGAGUCCCCAGGUAUGUUGCUUUUUGAGUGGAAACAUUGUUUUGGCACUUUUGAAGGGUAGGUGAUAUAUGUUCAGGAGCAAUCUUGUUAGCAAAAAUUUGCUAGCAAAUUGUUUUCGCAAUUUUAGCAAAAAAAGAAUGAUUCUGUAAUCACAAGAAAAUUUGGUGAGACACCCACUAACAAAUAUCACAAGACAGGAGCCCAUGGGCUCCUGCACAAGAGCAGCAUGAAUGGCCAAUUUAAGAAAAUUCUAGGCUUAGAGAGAGAAAAGGCCUAGAAUUGCCCCGAGAAGUCCGCAAAUUUCGCAGAAAUCGCAAAAGUAACAAGAAUUUUUCUUGCUAUGUAAAGAAACUGAGGAACAAAUAUGGCAAAAUAGCAGGAGUAACAAAUUUAACAAAAUUCUAGACUUAGAAUCCUGAGAACUAAAGGGCCCCGAGAAGUCCACAAAUUUCGAUUGUUGGUCUUGCUAUUCUUGCGAUAUUUGUUACUCAGUCUCUGAAAAGGUGGUUCGUUGCUCGAAAUGAAACCACUGCCUGAAACCACUAUCCUUCUGCUAGCUACCUAACGGUGCUUUUGCUGUUUUUAUUGUUUUUCUUGUAAAGGUACGAUGAAGAAUGCAGUAAACAGGUUCCUAUCUAUCUGAAGUUGAAGUCAGUUUAAUUUUUGACACAAUCAUUACUAGCCAUUACGGGGUUGAGCGUUCCUCUCAAGGAUCGCAGGUCUUUAUCUCUUGAAGAGAAAAAAAAUGAUGCUUUUUGUUCCAAUUUAUUUGUUCUUGUCACGUUACAGGUUGUUGUUUUUACAUAAAUGUACAGAAAAAGAUGGUGACGGGGAAGCCUGGGGCUUAUAUAGGGUCCAGGCUCCCCCUAGGUUAGUUUAACUAGACAGUGAUAUUAGUCUGCUACGAGCGUUGCGUGAUGACACUAAAAACGGCUGUGUAGCAGACUACAGUGAUACGGGCAUCCCCAUUCCCAAAACCCUCGUGAUAUGGGUAUCCCCUGUAACCCUAAACCAAAUCACUAAGGUAAUAUGAGAAGGGGAUCGGCCAGUAUCACUAAGGUCUGGGAAUGGCGAUGCCCAAAACGCGGGGAUGCCCAUAUCACUGUAUUAAACAUUAGACUAAAAGAAGAGGAAAGACGCGAUUUUACAAAAUCAACCACAGAUUCCUAAGAUACAGGAAAAAGGAGUAGAAUCAACAUCAGUUACUAACAAAAUUACUUACAAAAUAGGAAGAGUUAUAUAAUCAUUUAGAAAAUAUAUGGAGUGUUAGUUGGAUUAUAAUUGAUAAGGAUGGUAACAUAUUAACUAGAAAUAUCUGAAGGGAAAAUUUAAAAUUAGCUAUAGACCAGUUACUGUUGUUAAAUGGUUCCUUACGCCUAGUUUAAACGUCGAACUUCUCAUGUACCGGACCUUUAUCCCUUCAAUUAAGUACAUAAAAAAGAUCGACGUUAGAAUCAUUAAAUUCGACAUAUCUUAUCUGGGUCCGGACCGAUGAGAGGCCCACAUGGGAAUUUCGACUGCUGAGCGACUUCGCUCUUUCAAACGUCGAACUUCUCAUGUGCCGAACCUAAUGCAUAAAUUAUUAAGAUUUAUUUUCAGUUGUGAGCAUUUUAUACCAUUGAACAUCAUGAAAAUGAAUUGAGUCCGACUAAUUAAGUUCUACAUCUGAAUCAACCGUCGAAUGACUUAUCAUUUGGGUCGACCGUAUUAAGUUUGGUACAUGAAAAGAUCAACGUUUGAACUUGGAGAGUUCCAAAAGUGUGUGCAUUGGCAAGAUAUUUUAAAUUGUUUUAAGGUUGUGCGAGACUUGAUACUGAGCAAAUUGAGUUUUGUAAUCAUUAAGAACUUAAGAGAACCAGAUGUGAAAAGAUUGUCGAAGCUCGAGGGCAAUGUAAGGAGAGAUUUUCCAUGAAUUCUUUAAUUUAUUUGCCUCGAAUUUCAUAUCUUUGACGUUGUUUUCAGUAAUUCAUACUGGAAUUGCAUAAAGACGUUUUAGCUCCUCAAAAAGGCUCUUGCCAUUUUAUUGUCCUUUAAUUUGCUUUGUGUCCGCUGAAGUAAUAAUUGUAGAAAAGCCAACAGUGUUCCUUAACAAACAAAACUAAUUGCUCGUUCUCUUUUCAAUUAUAAACAUUUUACUUCAAUGAUGACUUUUAAAAGGAUAAUUAGUUUCUGAAUAAUGGUUAUUUAACUUCAGUCUAUCUAUCGUGAUUUUACAACUGGACGACAUCUAUUCAUAGGCCUUUUGUACUGGUACCGUUUGUUUAAUUAGCUGUCUAUUUGCGAACAAAUAUUUCAUUAAGUUGUUAGACAAAAGAAGCAACAGGUGAAUUUUGAAUAUGAAAGGUUUUGCUGUCUAGCUUGCAAUUUUUUUUAAAUAGAUCGGUUUUUGUUUAAGAUGAAAACUUGCAAUUAGUCUGCGCUUCUUUCUGUUGAAACAGCCGCUCGCUGAACUUGCAUUUUCAUUCAUAUUGUAACAUUUUGUACAUAAACGCUGUUCUGCUGAGCUGGCUGGUUCUUAUUUUCAGUACUUCAGACUUUCUAAAAUAGCAACAGUAUGAACAAAAGACUUCAGGUUAAAAAUAGAGUCUACAUUUAGUUUUCAAAGUUUCUUUUGUCUUCAAUGGUUGUAGAAAUCAUAUUUAAUAUAAGUAAGCUAGAUUUUACUGUUUUUCGAUUAUUUUUGCUGUGUCCUUCCUGAGUUAAUUAUUGCCAUUUGAUCCGCUGAAGAAGAAACGCUGUUGGAACCAAAGUUUGGUCCUGUUUAAUAUGCUGCUGUGUUUGCUGUACCAGUUAGUGGUUUGAUCAUAUCCCAGUCCUACAGAGAAAUGACGUCUCUUCCCCGCAAGCGUCGGAGUUAUCAUUAGUUAAAUUCGAUCGCUUCAGAGCGGAAAAACCUUCCGUCACAGCAAUAGAUAAUAAGUUACAUGUGAUGACUUUUCCUUCUUCUUUUUCGUCAAGCCAAUGCGAAUUUAAAGUUGACAUAAAUACAAAUCUGUGGACCCUAUAAUUGACGAUCCUUGCGUUGAACAUCUUGAACUUUUCAUGAUCAUAAUAUAGCCCAAACACUAGCCUGCGUGGCAGGCGCUAAAGGGGUGGAGGGGGUGGAGUGUAAGAAAGAGAAGAAGGGAUCCCCUCUCCUUUUUUUCCUCCCUCCUUCUUUUCUUUCUUACUCCCCACGCCCCCCCCUCCUCUUUUAACGCGCCUGCUACGCAGGCUACCCAAAUACUGAUAAUAAGGUCUGUUAAUGUUAAGCCGUUCGACAUUUCCCUUCCACAGAAUGACGUAAAAAAAAAAAUGACAGAAAAGUCUCACAACAAUCAGCCAUUUCUUUGAAGUACGAUUAAGUAACCGUUAAGAGAAAAUUUUCAGGAAAGUUCUUUUCAUUUGUGAGUGGGACUUCGUAAGACAUUAAAAUGGGUUAAGUCCUAUCCUUGAUGGCAAAGAUCGAGACCGCGGCAUACCUUUCGCGAGGGAUGGUUUUGGAUUCAUUUACACACUUCAUACAACCCAGCCUAACAUCUUAGCCAUGAGUUUAAUAUCAUGAGCCAUGUUUUUAUCAAACAAAAAUGGCCGACGCCCUUUAUUUUGACGCCCUUGGUUUUUAUGCAUGCCCACUAGGGCAGUAAUGUAGGAGCUGUUCGUAAGGUCUCUCCUAAUUGGUCGCGGGAAACAAUGACAUGUCAUUCUUUCUAUUGUUUUAGUAUUGUUUGAUGUCAGGGAAACGCACCAUUGGCCCAAUAGGGAGCUUAAGCAAAGGCGUUUUUGAAUGGCGCAUGUCAACCGGAAGUGAGGACUUUUCCAUUUUAAUGUGCCGUCAUGUGACGCUACCACAUUUGUGCUGCGACUGUAGUUUCUCUUAAUGAACUGAAUGCAAAAAGUCCACUUCUGAUUGGCGUGCGUCACUCAAUAAAAGCCUUUCCUGAGGACAGUGCCUUUGUGAACCAACGUAGAUUUCAGGCUGCAGCCAAAUUUAAGUAACCAAAUCAUUUUUUUGUUUGCUUGUUGUCACUGAGACCUUGGUCUUACACGAAGUGACCCAGGACUUUUUCCUCAGGAUUCAACGCAUCCGCAUAAAAAGCUCAGUUUAUACGAUAACGAAAACGUCCGCGUGCUGGUUUUCGAUAUUGAUUGAGUGUUUGUAUAAAAGCUGCCAGACAAUGAAUUAUGCUGUCUUUGAGUUUCUAGACGAAAUAAGGCCGGGGAGGUACUCCUUGGAAUUCUUGGUGGGGGUAUGCGCACCCAGUUUUCCAAAUCGUGACCCUAUUUUAGACCAAAGAAAUGUCAUUUUUCACACCGGUUUCAUACCUGGCCUCUAAAAUCCAUACUUGUUUUCAAACCUAGCCUGAGAAAUUAUCAAGAUCAAUAUAUAUAAAAUUUAUAUAGAGAGAGAAAACCGUUUACAGUACAACUCAUAAAAACGUCAUAAAUCUGCCCAUGAACCACACAGGAGAAAUCUAACACACAUUUUAUGUAAGGUAAGCUAUUUUUUAUUGAAAUCCUUUCAUUUUCGUAGGUUACAGAAAUGAAGGGUUUUUUCCCUUUACAAUCCUUAUAUUUCGAAUGUUACGCAACAAUGCCGAUGCUCGCCGAUACUCGUAUUUCGAUCUUGGGCUAAGCUACCUGUGAUAUAAGUGCUACAGUUUGCGAGCACAAUGUAUCAAAGCCAAGAGAGAAUAUCUCAUUCUCUCUUGUCAAAGCCUACUCCUGAUAAGAUAAAAUUUUAAGAAGACACAAGAAUACAGUCGACUCUCUCUUAACGGACACCUCUACUGAGACGGACACCUCUGUAAAACGGACACUUAGAGUUGGUCCCUGCCUUUCUUUACUCCCUUUAUUUGACUCUCUAAAAGACGGACACCUCUCUAAGACGGACACUUAGUGCCGGUCCCAAAGGUGUCCGUCUUAGAGAGAGUUGACUGUAUUUUUUUUUUUAUUUUUUUUUUUAUUUUUGCCUUACAGACAUAUAUUAAAUGUCUACAGUACUAAACACUACUGAAACUAAAUACUACUAACAAUAUUCACUAUACUUGCACUAUUUACAAUAUUGGCUAUACUGACAAUACCAUCCAUACGAUGCUCGUACUACUAAUAAUUACAAUGGUUACACUACUUACAAUUCUAGUACAUCACACACACACACACCCCCACAUAAACACACACGCAAAAAAAAAAAAAAAAAAAAAAAAAAAAGGGUCAGAGGAGUUACUUUUCAUGUCUAUUUUAUAGCUUUUCAAUUCUGUAUUUAAUUAUCAUUUUACCAACGAAGUCUUGGAGGAGAAUUGGUUUGUUGUGUAGUUUGUUGGCGUAGAUGUAGUAUCUCAUAAACAACAUGGUAUAAUUGAAUUUCCUUACUAGUAGCUUUUCAUGUAAGUCCGAGAGGAUGCCGAACAGUCUUUCUUCGCUAGAUGGGUUGAGAUUGAUCUUGUUUUCUAUAUUGAACCAGUUGAUAACCCGUUGAAUGAAAAUCUUGACGAAAUGACAAUCUCUAAAAGUAUGAUUAAUAGAGUCUUUUUCACCACAAUAUAUACAUUCAUCAUCUUCCUUGAUUCCAUAGCGGUAAAGUUCCUUUUUGGUGACUACAAUUCGGUGGAUUAAUUUAUAUUGAAAUUCCUUUAAUUUGGUCUCUCUACAGACGGUUUUUUUUUAGGUGAAUAUUUUUUCCCAUUUAUCUUCAUCCAAGGAAAGAUCUUUGCUCCAUCUCUGUGGCCCAGAAUGACCUGUUGUGUGGAUUUUUGUGCAUAAUAACGUAUAGAAGUCGCUAGUCUUGAUUUUGUUCAGAUAUAGAGUUAUCGAUUCAUUUAAUUGUAGACUAAGAUUAUUAUCAGAAUAUAACUCUUUAUUAAUUGGCUUCGUUGAUUUUGCUUUUGGCUAAUAGGUGCUUUGGGAUAGCGCUAAUAACUUGAUAGUAUUGAAGGAAGUUAGUUUUACAGGAAUACUUAUUCGUAAAUUCCUGAUAGGUCAUCGGUUGACCGGUAUUGUGUAAGAGAUCUUGUAUUGACAGGAUACCUUUUUAAACCAUUCCCUGAUAAAAAGGUUUUACUGUCAACAAGUAUUUUUUGUUGUUGAAUAGAAUUAUAUUUUGUGCUUGAUCAAAGCUCUACAGAGUUUUUAAUUCACUGAAGUAUACUAGAAUAUUUCGGUAAAACAAUGGAAUAGAUUUUAUGUAUUUCGCAUCGUAGUUACAUCUCAGUAAAAAGUUCAAACCUCCGAAUUUUCUUAGGUAAUAAUCAGGAACUGUUUUCCAAUUCUGGUUCCCUGAGUCAGUAAUCUUGGAAUCCAGGCUAGUUUUAGAGCUUUAAACAUUAUGUCGAUGUCUACCAUACGUAUUCCGCCUCUUCCCAGAUCCUGAUAGAGCCCAGUUCGUUUAAUUUUAUCCCUUUUGUUUUUCCAUAAGAAACUAAAAACUUUGUUUUCACUGUGCUUGCGAUAUCUUCGGGAACAUUAAGAAUUGAAGCUGAAUAAAUUAAUUGUGACAAUCCUAGGGACUUAAUUAUCAGUACCUUCCCAAAUAGUGUGAGGUCUCUAGAUCUCCACAUAUCCAGCUUUGUUUGAAGUUUUCGUAUUUUCAGAUUAAAGUUCAAUUCAUUGUUACCCUUCUCAUCAUAAGAGACAUGAAUUCCUAAGAGGCGAGCCGGACUAUGUAACCAUUUUAGUUGUAAAGGAUAACUUUUGUUUUUUGCCCAUUUUCCCAACCAAAUUGCUUUCGAUUUCUUUAUGUUUAACUUGAGACCCGCUAGCCUCCCAAAAUCUCCCACCGUUUUCAAAGCAUUUUCAACGGAGAUCAAAUCUGCACAGAAAAGGUUUGUGUCGUCUGCGAAUUGGCUCAAUUUGAUUUCGUGCCCGAAUAUUUUGAUUCCUGUUAUACUUGGUUCUUGUCUGAUUUUGCUGGAUAAUAUCUCCGUGGAAAGCACAAAUAAGUACGGAGAAAGGGGACACCCCUGUCGCACUCCUCUUGACGGUCUAAACCAGUUGGUCAUGAAACCAUUGUUUAUCGCCGCGCUCUCAAUUUUUGUAUAGAAUAUACUGAUCCAUCUUUUUAUACUUGUUCCGAAAUUGAAUAUAUCCAGUGCUUUCAUCAUGAACGACCAUUCUAGAGAAUCAAAAGCUUUCCGAAAAUCUAGAGAUACUAGACUGCCAGGUAUGCUUUCUGACUUCGUAUAUUCCAUUAUGUCGAUUAUUAGCCUAAUAUUUUCCCCGAUAUAUCUUCCUUUGAUAAAACCGGUUUGAUCAGUGUGCACUAGAUUUGGUAAUAAUGGUUCUAUUCUCCUUGCUAUUGCCUUAGUUGCUAUCUUGCAAUCAACAUUUAGCAGUGUUACCGGUCUCCAGUUUGAAAGUUCUAGUAGCGAGCCAUCUUCUUUGGGAAUUAAAGUAAUAACGCCUCUUCGUUGUGAAAUGGUGAGUUCAUUUGCAUCAUAGGCCGCAUUGAAACUAGCAACAAGAUCGUGUCCUAGCAGAUCGAAAAAAAAACAUAUAAAAUUCAACCGUGAAACCAUCUUCUCCUGGAGCUUUGUUGUUUUGAAAAGUGUCUAAAGCUUUUUUGCAUUCUUCAUAAGAUAAUGGACCUUCUAUUCUAUCUCUGUCUGCAUCUGAUAGUUUUGGAAUUUUUAAAUGUUCGGUGAAUUCAUCAACAUUAUUUUCCUGUGAAUUAUUUGCUGAUGCGUACAAUUCGCUAUAAUAGUUUUCGAUAGCUUCUAAUAUCUGAGACUCGUUGUUUGUUACUGUUUCACUUUCUGUUCGCAGUUCAGUGAUGGUUUUCCUGUUGUAGUUUCUUUUCUCCAGAUUGAAAAAGUACUUUGUUGGACGUUCGCCCUUUUCGACCCAUCGACAUUUCGAUCUAAAAAUAGCUGCCCUCCCUUUCUCCUCAUAAAUAGAUUGGAGUUCCAUUUUGAGAUCUUCAUAUUCAUUUAGGAUGUGCGCGAUAUUGGGAGAGUUAAAGUUGUCGCAAAUAUUGCGGUCCAGAAUUUCGAGCUGUCUCCUAAUUUCCAAUUCUCUAUUAGUGGUCGCUUUAGCUUUCUUUUUACUAUAAGCAAUGGUUGCCGCUCUGGUUUCCAUUUUUAACAUUUCCCAAAGAAGGCGUGCGUCUGUCAAGUUGGAGUAAAAAGCGCGUGUGCGGGAGUACGUUUCACGGAUUUUGGACACAUAAUGUUCAUCUUUCAGUAACGUGUUGUUGAAUUUCCAAAGUCCGGGUCCUCUAGACUUUUCAGUUGUCCAAGACAAAGAAAUGUAAAUUGCUCGGUGAUCCGGUGCUACAGAGUUGACUGUAUAACAAAAUAUGCAAAGUCGAAAAAACUAAAGAACUAUAAAUACUUUUAUAAUUUUCUCAGUCUUCUCCAGCAUGAGGCCCAUGUAGCCUGGGUAUGAGAAAAAGGAGCAUCUUCGGUACUCAUACCUUGGCUCCUACCAGCUGAAGGUCACAAUGAUGCAACUGGUCCUCCAUGUGGAAAGUUGGAAGUUCUACGAGCGUUCGUGUUUUGGUACGAAUAGUAGUGAAAAUGUAACUUCUCAGUUGUUUUUUCGCCUAUUUGAAAGCCUAUGGGAAUUGAAUUAAAUCAUUAAUGUUGUUGACUUCGUAAACACUGCCUUUUUUCACUCCGGUGAGGAGAAAAUCGCGUUUCUUUUAGCUCCAUGUGCAAUGGGAGGUCUAUGACCAGCAUUUGUGGGAUGCGUUUUCAUGGCUGAUAAUUUGCUACAAGGGCUUCAGGCAGCCGCAAAUGCGACAUCACAGGAAGGGGUGAGUUUCUUGCUAACUAUUUUUCUUUUGAACGGUUCGGUUGGCGCUCGAACAUCACAUAGCAAUGCAAUCGUACAUAGAUUAUACAUUGUCAUUAACAUUAUUCUUAUUAAUUUUUUUUGGCAAUAAUGAUAGGCCCUGCAAUAUUUUGAACAGCUAAAGAAUUCCCCAGACGGCUGGAAGCUAUGUGGUGAUACCCUAAUUCGAAAUCUUUACAGGUAAUUGAAAUUUAAUAUUAAAGUUAAUUGUUUUACGGUGGUAUUUAACGUUUUGGACCUCACUGAGCAUUAUUUCAGAACUUGAUUUGUUUGAUACAAUUUAUAUUGAUUUUAUGUUAUCAUUCAUAAUUCAUACGCAACUAUAUAGUACAUUAUCUUUCAUUCAAUAUAUUUUCUCUAUUUCUGAUUGACCAAAUUAGGAUAGCCUGGAACGAGCUCCGCAGCGGGGGAAAAGGGCAAAAAACAGGGUCAAAAAGGAAAAAGCGGUGGCCUGGAGGGGGGAGGGGAGGGGAUGCAGCAGAGCCUAGAGACAUGCCUUUGAUGCUGCCAUUCUGUGAUACCAUUCUGCUGUCAAAUGUCUUCAUGUUGACAGAUUCGCGGUGCUGUGGAGAGAGAGGACUGGGGCGAGUUUCAAAAUAGAAUGUAUGUGAAAGGGGAAACAAAGUAUAAAAAAUCGGUUUUUACAGAAUUUACAUCAAGAUAUCACAUUUAGGACACAAUGUGAUACAGAAAGCGUUUAAAUGAAAAUCAAAUUGAGUAAGCACAAGUUAAACAUCCACUAUCGAGGUUCUCCAUGAGGAAGUCGAACUCAGAAACACACGUACUGCUUACGUUAUGCACAUUCCUAACACAUUGAGUCUCACCUUGGCAAGAAACAACCGCAAGCAAAAAUUCCAAUAGCUUUUCUCUUGAGUCAACUUCGUUUUAAUAAUGUUACUUCACAUACUCCUUUUUACGGCGGCCAUCUUGUUAUCGCAGUAAGAGAUGCCCAGUGCAAAACCGGGGAAUCACCUUAAGGCAAGUGGGAUUUCAAUUUGACUUGCUGAAUGCUCCCAAUCUUCUUGCGGCCCCGACACCUAAAAACAACAGCAAACAGACUGCUUAUCUUGCCAGCUACAUAGGCUAAUGUAACUAGACAUGCAUGGCUCGAAAUUAACAAAAUCCUCAGGUUGCCUUGUGGCGAACAACUGGAGAAAUAUAGUCACCAGAUGCAAAUUUUUAGUCCCCAGUUUUUAUAAUGUAGAUGACGCAGCUCAGGGCUUGUGAUAUUUCACGCGUUCGUGAAGCCGUGAAAUUCAGGUAAAUCCGUGAAAUUCACGUAAGCAUGCAAAAUACCGGAACAUUUGGUAGAAAUCUUAUGAGAUACGUGUCUGUACAACAUAUUUGAAAUUUAUCUCAGCAAAUUUAACUUGAAACCUCGUCACUGAAACAUGGAAACAACGUCCCAAAACUACCAGGCAAAGAUUAUGUUGCGAAAAACUGGGCACUAAGCCAUGACGUUAAAGGCUUUGCCAUCUGGUUCAUUUCUGGAGCGUAUUGUGGUUGAAAGAGCAAAUGAUGACCUCUGGUUUAUGGGUACCCCACUUUUCACAUUUGACAUUUAUCAAUGGAUGCCAAACUGUAAUGUUGUAGCUGAGUAAGCUCCGAUAAGCUGCCAAUGAUAUAACCCUUUCACCUCUAGUGGCUGCAGAUGAGAACCAUUCUUGUAAGUGAUCAGCUUCAGUUAUGGACACAUUUCUCUCAUCUCAAGGGUGCCACUCACAUGAGCAUCUAUUCUAGUACAUGUACUUAGCUCCAGGAUCACAUCAACUGUCUUGUGUAUGGGUGUGAUAUAAGAACAUUUCAUCUGUUUUUGCAUUAUUGGUCGUCUUUAUUUGUUUUUUUUGUUGUUGUUGUUUUAGUGAUGAAAGUGUCAAGUUCUUUUGCUUUCUAGACUGUUCACAGUCCCCUAUUUUUUCGUGAGAUCGUAUAGAUAUACCGCGUCUUACCGUCACGGCUGCAUCUUGAUUUUCAAAUGUACCGAGGGGGGGUGUCCGGGAUUAUAGCUCUGGUGGGGGGACGAGAAAAAUAGAGGGACUGUAAUAACAACACUGCAGCUCGCAUUCACGGAGCGCGUUGUACCAGCAACGCAGGCCUUUGAUUGGUCAUUAGACAAUGGAUGUUUAUUUGCGUUGACAACGGGUUUAGUUUAAGUUGCCGACACUGAAAAGUCGUUGACAAGUCGAUAUUUCCAUAAAACGUACGCUUUCAUACCACAAGGCACAUCUUGCGCAAAAGCACGAAGGAGUUUUGGUAUUUUGAUUAGAAAAAUGUUUUCUUGUGUGUGUUUGCCGAUUUUAUUUCGAGGAAUAGCCUGUAAACAGGCCUUUAGUCGAGCGGCGUGGGGAGAGGGAAAAGCGAAAAGGCCUGUGGACAGACCUUUGGGGCCGCCGUUCCACGGCACCCGCUGUGCAUCAGAUCCUGAUGCAAGCUCCUAUUGGCGAGAACACUGACUGUUGACAGGUCUGAUUGACAUCGGCUUUUCGGUCGGCACGUAGCACGCGAUUUGAUCACAGAGUGGCAAUUAACAAAACAGUCCAAAGACUAUUACCACGGGGAGGAACUACGCGCUCCGGUCAAAAGACUCAAACUGUCUUUACAAAAACACUAAGCUGAAGUUUAUAGUUAACGAAGACCAAUGCAAUUCUCCAUAGCUGAUGUAGCUUCGGUUUAAGCUGCAUUUCAAUCUUAUAAUUUUGGAUCUGUAAAUAACCAUCCGUGAUAAUUUUUAAACACUGACGAGCUGGGCCCAGCGUCAGAAUACAACAUUGCAGAAAAUCAUUACAUACACGGACUAAAGAAAAUCGCUUAGUUAUUCAGAUCGAGAAGGCACUUUGGAGAAAAGUAAGACCCUUAUUAAGCCGCAAAAAAAGAAAAUGCUCUUGCAUCAGAGGACAAAUCCUGUCGACCAGAAACAAAAACCACAGUAAAUCGAUAUGUGUGCCACGACCUGUCAGUGUGAAAUAAGCGGCUAAAAUCACAUUUGCUCAGUGAAAAUGUAGAACCUUCCAGGGAAUAAUCUACCCCGCAGAGGAAAAAACUUAUGGGAACAAGCAGCAUUUUGGCAUAAAGUAAAAGUCGUGUCGGCCUACCAUGUAAUUCCUGUCGGCGAUAGAAGCGCUGCUGAUCUCUUUGUACUUAUCUUCGAAGCUUCACUUUCUGGAGAAGUCAUGAUAGUAUCUGUACCUUCCGCAUUCCAAGUUCGCUCAUUGCAACGGCUUGUUAAAUUACAAACCGAACUAGCAAGACGAACGGCUUGUUUUAAAUCCUCUUACCGGAGAUCAACGACUUUUUGCAAAAUCAACAAUGACGUUCAUGCUCCAUUUCACUCUGUUUUCAGACGGAGCAAAACACCACUCAUUUCCUGUUAAUUUUCCCAGGAGUUACUCACGCGCGAAAUUGAUUGACCGAUAACGAUCUUACUGACAGAUGAUCGGCAGGAUAAUUACAAGAGGCGGAAUAGCGGCCUCAAAUGUUUGUCUACAGGCUCUCUCCCCCCUUUCCCUUCCCUUUCCUCGCUAUUUUUCCCCAAACAGAGAGCCUGUUCACAGGCUACGAGGAAUGGGCCAAGAAACAUUAUAAAAUCACAGUUUCCCAAGGAGAUAUUUGUAAACACGCGUAAUCGAUGCUAAAUGUGUCUUGCAUGUUUUUCAUCACUGGCGGAGUUUCUUAAUUAAUGAAUGGUAAAAGGCGUGAAAUUCCUGUCACGCCUCCUGAACGCGAGCUGCAGUGAUGUUAUUACAGUCCCUCUAUUUUUCUCGCUUCCUCCCAAACCUCCCCCGCCCCCUAAGUAGUUUUGACACUCAUCUAAGAUGGCAGCCCGUAACGCGAAGCGCUCGAUCUCGACGAUCUUACGGAAAAAUAGAGGACCGUGAACAGUCUAUUUGCUUUCAAGUAUUGGAGCAUCACAUAAAAACAAGGUAAAAUUAAACAUAGAUAAUUUCUUAUUAAAUAAUGAUUAAUAAUAAAUUUUACAUAAUUAUUAUAAUGUGGCGUCCAUUUUAAAAUUAAUCUUCCUUCCGUGGAAAAAUCAAAAAGGUUUUAUUCUGUUGGCUGAUCUGCCAUUUUAAAUUUUUGUCCACCAAAUUAUUCUGAAUAACUCUGAUUAAAAGAUGCUAUCAGAGAAUUUAAUUUUUAAAUAUUUACUCACUUGGUAUGAUAUUAUGUAGGCUAUUAUGAUGAAAAACAUUCAACUAGAGACAAUAAUUGGGUUUAAUUGUUUUCUUACCAGGAAUAACUUACAAACAUUUGAUCACUAGCUGUAUUCAGUAUAGACAUGCUUCAGUGUCCUGUACUGUACAAGACAUCUUGGAUGAUCUUGUCUAAGUGUGUGAUCCUGCUCAAAAAAUGGUCAUGUUUUUUUAUUUUUUAAUUCUGUGCACAUACAUGUGUCAUCAAAUCUUGUAGAUCAACAAGCACUCAGAGAGAUUCUUUUGACCUGGCUACGAAAUCAGGUACACUAGGCUAAUUUACUCUAUAGUAGAAUCUCAAGGAACAUUUUCUCUUUUUUUGCCCCUCACCCUAGAUUGCAAUGUCUGUCUUUAGGUGAAAAAGGAUGUCUUGCUAAUACCUUUGACAUAUUAUUAUGGCCUAGACUCUCUGUCUGUCUUUCAUCAAAAUUGAAACAACUUGUUUUACGUCAAAAGGUAGAGCAAAAUUGUCAAACUUUGUUUUUUAUAGUUGCACAAAGAUACCUAAAAGUGGACAUAAGUGCAUUGGUUUGCAAAGCCAUGAGAGUCUUCCUAGCACCUUUGUUCUUUGAAUUCUUAUACCUACACUGUAGCGGUAAUUGUAACAUUUUCACUGUGAUUUUUCAUUGACCCUUGUUGUAACUUUUCAGUGUUGUACCGAGUCAGAUAACAAGAAUUUCUUGAAGAACAAGGUAGCGCAAGUCUUUAGCUUGAUCUUUGUCUGUGAUUAUCCUGAUUAUCCUGUGAUUAUAGCUGAUCUACUGUUCUUUCAAGUGUAAUGAGCGCAAAUACUGCAGAUACCCUAAAUUGUAGCUGGUGCCCAGAUUUCAUUCAGUGUGAGAGAACUUCAUUUAAUUUCCUGCCUCUUUCACAAGCUCAGCCAGCAAGAAAAACAUUUUUUUUUGCAUUUAAACCUAUUGACAAUCAGGUAACAACUGCGACUCGUGGUGAAAGUGGGUGCCCAGGAUGACCAGGGUCUUGCACUUUUGUGAGAGUCAGCCCUUAGACAGUGUUACGCCCUCAUGGCUGGUAAACUCAAGCCGUCCAGCCAUGAGCUCCCACACCAAUGGAACCAGGCACCUGUCCCAAUGAUUUAUCAGAGAAAAAUUAAAGGGCGGGAAGGGGUGGGGGAAAUUAAGGCACAAUCUAAAGGCUGAACAAAGCGAGUAAUCGCCUUGAAAGCAUUGUACUAAGCACAUGACGCUGAUGUUAGCAAGGGUGACUGCGCUAAGAGCCACCACACUGACCGCUGAGCAACAACACACGACGGCGCUCCUUGUUAUUAACUGAGUUAAAUGUUGUUUAACUUCAUGUUACAUUUCUGUUCUCCCUGUAGUGGCCGCUGUUUUUCUCAGACCUCCUCCAGUGCUUGCAAUAUGGAGCAUUAGCCGUGGAUAUGUAUCUUAGGAUUUUGAAGGCAAUUGAUGAGGAAGUGGUUGAUAGAGAUGUGAUAAGGAGUCAACAGGUUAAUUUUGUGAAUUGUUUUAAAAACUGUAAUGCUAUAAUUUCCAUUGGUGAAAAUAUAUCUCCAACAGAGAGGGGUACAAUCAAACAGAAAUUGAUAACCUAUUCAAUUCUAUAUAAUAGUGUACUACCUAACAUCUCAUACGAACAGCUUGCAACCACUGAAGAACCCAUUUUAGUGGGUGUCGGUAAAGUGGGUUUGGACAUGUACCUAAAUUUUUUAUUUGCCUGAUAUCAAAGCUUGUUAAAGCUUGUCAUUCAAGUUGUUUUUGUUGUGACAAAGUCCACCAUGCCACACACAUGAAGUUGUAGGUGCUAAUAUGAAUCUAAACAUGUUGUGCAAAGGGCUAUGCUGUACAUGUGUGAAAUUGCUCCUUAUGAAAAUCAAAAUCCUUUGGAGUUAAAACACUGCUUCUAAAAUCUUGCUUGUCACAUCUUGAAACUUUAAGACUGUCAACUUUUGUGGAGUUUCAGUUGGUUGUACUUUUACAAGUUUGUAAAACCGUUUACUGAUCAAUCAGUUUAGAAGCUGAAUGAAGUUUUUCUUCCAUGAACAGGAAGCAGAGAGGAACACAAAAAUUAAAGAUCACAUCAGGGAUACGUGCCUCACAGAGCUCGUUGACUCUUGGUUUCAGAUUCUGGUAGGUAGGAAUCUUGUAUUUUGGUACAACAAUGAGGUUGAGGUUUCGCUGAGUGUUUUUUUUAUUAUGUUUUGUGUGCAGAAAACAUAUGAAAAUAGUGUGUCAUCAAUAACAUGCCUUUGCCUGGACAUUAUUGGAGCAUAUAUUGAAUGGAUCGAUAUUGGCCUGAUUGCAAAUGACAGGUUUAUCAGGUAAUGUUCAUUGAAUAGGGGCAGAGUAAAAUUAAUGCAGACUGCAGACUCAGACUGUGGACUACACUGAAUAAUAUUUUUAGGGUUAGAAAACAAUGGGACUUUUGGUGAAAGAAUGAAAGAUGGUAAAAUUUGAAUGUACACCCUGUAGUAUAAUUUAUGGCCUCCCUCUCCAUGAGUUCUGCGUAGGUCAAGUGGAUAGAGCAUCCGCCCGGUGUUUGGGAGCUCAUAGGUUUGAAUCCUGUCAGGGACUCAGAUUUUUUCUUUGUCCCACGCUCGUGACAUGCUGAUUAUUUUAUUUUUCACAAUAUUACUUUUGUUGUCACAUUGUCAUUUGCUUUGUGAAAACAAUAGUCAUCAGUCUGUGUUUUACGCUGACUGAUGGUAAAAAUGUUUCCUUUGCUCUGUGUUAUUGUUUGCUUUCAAUUCUCAUAAAGUCAGUUUUUGCAAGUAGCCUGUCAGUGGUUGAAGUCAACUGGCAGCUAAUAAUAUGGAAAAGCAUCAUUUCUCAUUGCUGAAAACUGUAAAAAGAGGAUUUUACUAUUAGCACAACCUUUGAUUUUGUGUCCCGCUUACAAAUUGAUCAUGUUUCUUUGUAGUACCUUUCUCCGGUACAUGACAGUUGAAGUUCUUCGAGAGAGCGCUUGUGAUUGCAUACAUGAGAUUAUCAUGAAGGGAAUGGAGCCACUGGCAAAGAAAGAACUGGUGCAAUCUCUUCUGAGCGUUCUGGAGAAAAGCAGCAUCCUUGAACCACAAGAGGUAAAAUGAUUAUUCAUGUGUAAGCGUAACAUUUUUGUCCAAGAUUGUAGCUUCAGUACGCAGUUUCCUCCAUAUUCCCAGGGGUGAAUGGGUGAAUGUAUUUUUUGUUUAAUUUGUCAUUUGAAUCAUCACUUUUAGGAUGAAGAUGCUGACUUCAUGGCCAAGUUAGCAAAACUGACGAGUGCUUCAGGAUCACAGCUUCUAAACAGCUACAUGCACUAAGUAAGAGAUUGUUGAUUUGCUAGCACAAUUUCAAACUGUGUUCUUAAGCAAGACAAUACUUUAGAGAGACUGAGAGUUGUAUUGUCAGGAAACAGAAAAUGUCAGAUUCAAGUUUAGAAUUUCUCAAAAUUGAAAAUGUGCAGCUAAAAACAAGACAUAACUAAUGUGAAGCUACUAAGUUUGUGGUAGAAUUAGUAAACAGUAAAUUGAACAACAAAGUUAAGGGAAAACUUGGUCACAUGGUAUGAAUUUCACGUUUGCUGUAAACAUAACUAUAAAUCUUUCUAUUAUCCUGGACAAAAGUCCUUGAGACAGUACUGCAAUAUUCUUAUUUUUCUGUCAUUUCUCGGUUCCCUCUUAAAACAGUGCCAUCCUUUUUAAAAUCUUCUUGCAGUUCUCCCUCCCCCCUAUACAAAGUUGAAAGUCGGUAAAAAUUCAGGAUAGUUGAUACACACGUCCAACAUUGGUGAGGGAGGGUUGGGCCUGUGUGAAUUGGAAAACGUCCUUGAGAAAUGCAGAAGUGUUCCACAACUUUUGGUAGAAUAUCAGAAACUUUGCUCACCAAUUAUGGAAAGGUACUACACUCUGUAAUUUAUCUGCAUUACAUUUUUAAACUUUUUUUUUGGUAUUAAUGGCCUCGUUUAAUAAAACACUUUAAAAAAGUCAAACUUCUGUAGAGCUGAUCCCCCCAACCGAAACAAUCUAGAAAGAGCUCAAAAAGAGAUGCAGUUUUUUUAGUUUGUUGUUAUAAUUCAGCACUGAAUACGAGAAAGGUCGUAACACGUUUUUCGUGUUCCAGUUACUCUUAUAUGCCAAGCAUGACCAAUGGUUGUUUAAGUGAAAGCGUAGGCUAGAAAGAUUUUCCUGGUGAUUCGCUUUGCAAAUGUGUAGCAAAUUAGAAUGCUGAGUUUACAGUAGUGCAAGGGCCGGCAUAACUUAUCUUAGAGAAGCCCCUAACAUUCUUUUCUGUGGUGUUCUGCUUUUUAAGAACAUUAUCAAGGAGCAGCUUCUGUUGAAUCGAAUGGCUGAUGCCUGUAUCAACUUGUUUGCUAUGACGGCUUUGAUUUCCAGAGCAGUGCGAUCCAUAAACCAAGUGCCAGCCAUGAGGUGAGUGAUAGGUAGCAUAUUUAAAUAAAUGUAAGGAAGAUCUGUGCAUUUAAACUCGCACUAGCCUGCGUAGCAGGUGUUCAAAAGGGAAGGGAAAGGGGAUUUGGGGUUUCUGCGAAGUGGUUUCGUGCCCAAAUUCUCUUUACCUUCCCUUUUGAACGCCAGCCAUGCAGGCUAAACUCUCUUACUUGUGUAUUUGUGAAAAAAUAAAAGCCUGAAAAAAUUCAGAUUCGAACCAGGAUUCCGGAUUCGGGAUUUGGGAGCCGGGACUCGAACCCUAACCUAGUGAGGCCUUUAUUUAAUGAGUAUUAACACAGGCAAUCGAGAAAUAUCACUGGAAAUUAAGCUUAAAAUGAGUGACAAUGUUGUUGUCGAAGUAAUUGCGGCUAUUUUCUUUUUGCGGUAACUGACUUUACGUCAACCCUCUCACCCUUAACCUUCCCAGCAAAAAAUGUUUAAAAAAGCUCGAUACCAUGGUAACGGUAAGAGCUAUUUUUGGUGGCCUUCGCAAAAUAGAUUUACCAGAGGAUUUUGAAUUUAUUUAUCAACUGUGUCUUUUUUUUCAAUAUGUUUUCCUUACAGAUACAAUAUGCACUAACAAGUGCAAUGUGAACAAUGCUCUCUCUAAAGAAGUCAGAUCAGGUUAGAAGCUGCAUUGUUUUUUAUUGGGCAGGGUGUAGCUAUCUUAAUAUACUGUAAGUGCUCUAUUGUAGCGCAAACUUUGUUACUUGGGUGCCAGUCUUCAUAGUUCAUAGUGUCCUGCCAACCGUUAGGCUAUGUUCACACUAUACUAGAUAGCUUUUCCUGCCGACACAAAAAGCUAUCCGGUAUAAUGUGAAAACCAAUCCGAUAUAUGACCCUCCAAUUUCAAAACUGGCAUGGCGCACCUUUCAUUCCGUUACAGAGAUGGCGCCGAAAUCACCAUUCUCAGACGUGAACAGAAGCCCCAUCUGGUAGGAGUUUCGUGACGGCGAGACAUUUUUAGUGUCAUCACACAGCGCCCCUCCCGUCACAACACUAAACACAGCUGUGGCUCUAUAGCAGACUAAACAGAUAUUGGGUGUAGUGUGAACAUAGCCUCAGUCUCACACAUUGGUGAGUGGUGUUGUGUGACGAUAUUAGUCUGCUACACAGCUGUUUUUAGUGUCGUCACACAACACUCCUCCAGUCACAACACUAAACACAGCUGUGGCUGUAUAGCUGACUAAACAGAUAUUGGGUGUAGUGUGAACAUAGCCUCAGUCUCACACAUUGGUGAGGGGUGUUGUGUGAUGAUAUUAGUCUGCUACACAGCCGUUUUUACAGUCGUCACGCAACGCUCCUCCCGUCACAACACUAAACACGGCUGUGACUGUACAGCAGACUAAACAGAUAUUGGGUAUAGUGUGAACAUAGCCUUAGUCUCACAUAUUGGUGAGGGGCGUUGCGUGACAAGACAAAACGGCUACAUUGCUAGGUCAACACAACACUUAGUAUCUUACAAUAAUUUAAUACCUCUCAACUCAAGCGCGUUUUCCGUUUGAAAAGGAAUGUGUCACAUGCUGCCUGCCAUGUGCAAACCUCUCUAGCUCCCAAACAAACCUUACUCACACUUGACCAGGUCACGUGGUUUGAACCUACAAAAAUCCAUGUGCCGAUCGAGCCAAACAAAAAAAAUUGCCACUCUCAUUACUAAACCUAAUUGAUAAUUUGUUUUAGUAUUCACCAAAUCAGUGGAUAGCAACUUUCACGCAGUCUGAUUAGCUCCAGUAACUCGGAAUAUCCUUUGACAUUCACUGUUUUUGGACGAAAUUCAAAAUGGCUUCCCGUUUCGCAACAGUUUCGAAAGAUAAAAUGUUAGCGAUAAAUGAAGCAGCUGCACCAACAAAUAUCUAGAAUAAGACAAAAUUGGGCUUGUCGGUGUUUACUGGCUGGUAGAAAAAAAAUUUCUCACUGAAUUUGCAACAAAAUCAUAAAAAAUGAUUCCUGAAACACUGUCAAUUGAAACGUAAACAAACUCUGGCUAAGUGACGUCGUUUGUUUACAAAAAGUUCCGUCAGGGUCGGUUCAUAGUGCUGGAUAUAUACCUCGACGCUUCGCGUGUCAGUAUAAUUAUAUGCACCACUAUUCACCUCCCCUUCGGGGGAUAGUUGUAUUUAACAAUUAGUUCAUGCGUCAGCGUGCGUAUGUCGAGAUAUUGAGCACGCGGGAAGUUUGGAGAGCACGAAAGAGGCGUAAGAGUUGCACGAGGCGCAGCCGAGUGCAACUCUAGCCUCUUGAGUGCUCUCCAAACUUCCCAAGUGCUCAAUAACUCGACAUACGCACAGCUGCAGCAUGAACUAAUUGUUUUAUAACAUCAUCAAAGCGAUCAAUGCAUCAGUUAACUUAUAAUUUUAUUAUUGUAGGGUGCGCUCAAAGCAGUACGCGUCAAUGUUUACGUGACUAUAUAUUUUUUUCCUCACAGUUAAUCUUAUGUUUUUAUCCUGAAACUGAGAGAAAGUGUACUCUAAAAUGAUUAUAAAAUCCAUAUUUAGGUGCCGGAAAACUAUUAAUUUACCGAAAAAUUGUUAUUGAGAGAAAACAAGUUUGCAAAGAAUGAUCUCACGCCAUAGCCCGCACAGCUCGCGGAGAUGACAACAACAACAACAACAACACUCACCUCUUUUCCUUACUAUUAUCGGUUAACAAAUUCAAACGUUUCCUCUUAAAUUUCCUUAUAAAACACAUCGUAAACGCUUCCUUGUCUAUUGCUGAGUUAUGGAUGCACUCAGGAGACUCAGGAUUGCUAAGCUCACAACCACUCGAGGAAUUACGAAUAGUUUAUUGACGUCAUCAGCGUGCUCAAUAGGAAUAUGAAGCACGCUCGCGCUAUUGAAUUUGAUUAGGCGAAUUUUCUAGCUAUGUUAUAAAUUAUUUUUGACAUUUCAGAAAUGACAAAAAAGUCCUAAGCCCCGUCUGGCAACAGUUUAAAUUAUUCUGACUCUGCGGGAUGUAAAAGACACACCAGGGGCGUAUAAACAAAUUUCUGACAUUGACCCCCUCCCGGCCCUCCCCUCCCCGUGAUCUUGGGUGAGCAAUCCGUAGGAAAAGAUCUUCAUUCAGUGAUAAACCCUCGGAUUCUCCUUCAGGGUGAUGAAGCAGCUACCUACAAACAUACUUUAGAUAUGAGUUUUUUAGGUUUACUUCGCUGUAUGUAGCCUGGGAAUGCAGAUGUAUUUCCGGUCGUCCCUUUUCUCCACCCGGAAGUAAGAAAAGCGACGACCGGAAAUACGUCUGCGUUGACAGGCUACAUACAGCGAAGUAAACCUAAAAAACUCAUAUCCCAUGUAUGUUUGUAGGCAGCUGCUUCAUCACCCUGAGGGAGAAUCCGAGGGUUUAUCCCUGAAUCAAGAUCUUUUCUUACGGAUUGUCCACCCAAGAUCACGAGAUCACCAAGAUUUCUUUGCCUCGCACCUUUUUUUUUUCGGUUCUACUGUUUUGACGUCUUUGUUUUCUUUGUUUUACGUUACUCGUCAGUGUUUUACAGGUUCUUACAGCGGGGGUGAGCCAGUUUUUUUUAGGAGUUUUGGUUUGUUUCAUCUUCAGGUUCAAAAAGGAAUGGAGACGAUCAUUUUAAAGAAAAUUGCCACAGAUGUUUUCCAUAACGGAGGGUGCGUAGCACCGCACACACUGAACGUCUAAAAAUAAUUUAUUUUCAUGUUUUAAAUUAUUUCACAUGAAACUGUAUAAUUACAAUUAUUUAUUAUGUAAUGUCUGUUAGUACAGGAUGUAUUUUAAUGUGUAUAGACAGGGGCCAACGGGCUUCUGGGAUAGUACAUUCUGUUGACAGCUUUUCUUUUGUAUUUCUGUUCUUGAAUAAUGUGAUACAAGGAAACUUUAACGUUUAUACCAUUGUUCUGAGUCUAAAUUUAACUUCUUUUCCUAGUAGGUGAAAAGAAGGCUCAAGGCUGUAAGAGUAACCACGUAUUGAAUAAAAUACGUCAGGCAUUCACAGUUUUAACAAGUGAUGUGCAAAUAAUUGUUUUUCUUCAGCCAGGGUCAUGCGAAGUAGAUGCGUUGAAUGUGAGCUCGACGCUGUAGUGAAGCCUGGACGUUUUUAGUUGCUUUAUUUCAUACUACUUUUCUGGUCCCAGGAUUAUUGAUUUCUUUUUUAUUGGGCUGCCUGUGGCAAACCCACAGGGCGACGCUCAAUCAAGGAAUGAGAAGUAACAUUCUUCCAUGGUCUUCCAUCUUAAGUCGAAAAAAGACAAAAUGGCGGGCUGAUCUCCCAGUAGGCAUUGCGUGUCCCUUUCCCCCUGCAGUUGAGCCGAUUUUUAAGGGAAGGGGAUGGGGCAUUUCAUAUAAAAGGCUUUCAAAGUCCUAUGCUUACGCCAAAAAGGAAGGAAAAACCCAUCGAAACUUUUUGCCUAAAGUCGCCCUACCUCAUAGACAAAUUUAACUUGUUAAUGGGAUUAGAAAACAACAUUAGUAAAAGCUAGUAGUACGUUAUUUGUUUUAACUCAACUAUGCAGAUAGAUCUUAAAAAAAGAUCGCACGCUUGUCACUUGUAACAAACAAACACAGUAAAUUUAACCGCAUGGAAUUUUUGCAGCCCAAUACACGCGUAGUAUACGCGUCUUGUCUCAGUAAAAUCACUAGAUUUGUCGUAAGGCUCUGACUACCCUGGGUUCUAGACGUUGUUCCUCACGUGCGGCGGGCGGGAUGCUUCGAUGUCGGCCGCUGGCCGAGAGAUCUUCGGCCGACCGAAGGCCGAAGCCACGAGCAGCAAUACCUUGCGGGUCACUUAGAACCGGUAACUGGACAUGAAAAGUCUCUGGCACUUAGGGUAGCCUCUGACUCCCUAUGGAAAUUCUUUUCUCCAAGCAAACCACUUCCUAUGUUGAAAUUUGUAGCUUCUGUCUUUAUCGCUGCUGCUGCUUAAACGAGAAAAUUAAAAACCUGCAAAGUAUUCGAGAAUCUUCACCCUGGACGGUGGUGCAGCUACUGCCAUUGUUGACCAAAAAAUUAAAAUCAUCUCAGGGUUACCCAACGAGAGUAUAGUUCAAAACUACUUAAACACAUAGCAUUGUUAAACGUAUUUUAGUAUUUAAACGGUAGAUAUAGAGAUAUUUUUAUCCCCGAAAAAUUGCCCAUCUGUUCCGAUUUCCUGGCUGAAUGUCUAGUGAUCCGAAAAUUAUAGGGAUCAAAACUUACCUUUUCGAAAAUUUCAGCCAGAAAAAAAGGCUCCCGAAAAUUCUAGGUGACCUUUCUAGGGUAAAAACCGUUAAAAAUGGGCAAUUUUAUCAUUUUGUAGAUGUUCGGAAAUCCUAGGAGAGGCAGGCAAGCAAGGAAUUUUACAACAAAUGUUCCGAACAAAUUCUAGAUCUCAAAUCGUCUUCCGAACAGAUAUUUUCCGAAAAUUGUCGUUGGGUACCCCUGAACAUCUUGCCCCUCUCUAGAUAUACGUUGUAGGGAGGUGGCCGUUAUUGCCAAAUCAAAGAUGAGUUGAUGAGAUCGCCAGGCGAACAAAACUGCAUCCGAGAGGGGAGGGGUGACCUUAAAGUCUUCCUUUCCUUGCUCUAAGGCACUGUAGCCACCCCUACGCCAGAGUCUUGCUCCCUUUUGACACUGAACGAGAGAAAAUAUAUAUGGUCCAUUUGGGCGACGGCGUCGUUUGAUCCCAGGAAUUGCGGGACCCGCUGGACCAACCAACAAAGCAUGUUACGCCACGUAGAAAGGUUAAAACCCUUUCGCACCGUUUAAAUAUUUCCUUUUCUUCAGUUCUUUAAGAUUUAAAUGUCGAUUGUGGUCAAGCUCCCCCCCCCCCCCAAAACCUGGGGAAGAAACCCAGGGUAAUUGACUCGCUGAUGGACGCGGAAAGGCGGGAAUUUGACAACAGUGACUGCUAUUGGGGUGUAGAACUUGAUGGCAUCUGGGAUUCGAAGAGGAUUGAAACAAAUUGUCUCAAUCAUGUUAAACUACUUUUGGUGUUGUUAAAGUGUAGCACCUUGAUAAAAAUUAAUUAUGGCGGGUAUGGAAUAUUUGGAAACUUGUGUUUGUUUCUGUUUCUCCUAUGUUCCUUGUUGCUGUUGCCAAGCAAGGCCCAGGGGUAGGGUAUAUGACAGGAAAUCUGCAACAAAAAAGUCCAUUUUGGAGUCAACUCUCGCCUUGCGGACACCCCGCUAUAACGUACACCCCGGUAAUACGGACGACAGCUAAAUCCCAGGAAAAAAUAGAUUAUAUUAUUAUAUAGACACGAGUGUUUUACUGGAAAAUAUACCACUCGUAAAAUUCAUAAAAACCACAUCCGGGACCCGAGUGGUUUAUUUUCCAUGAUCUCACACGUGAGUUUAUCGAUGACGUAAUUUCGGUAAUUUCCCUCUAUUAUUUUAUCGAUGUCUUUUUGUGAAAUGAAAAGAACAUUACACGGCGGCUUGAAGAUAUGAAUUUCAUUUUCUCAUGGCAAAAACAAUAUUUUACUCACUCGCUGCGCUCGUUCGUAAAAUACUGUUUUCAAUUGCCACUCGAAAAUAAAAUUCAUAUCUUCGCGCCACCGUGUAAUAUCCUCUAUAUAUACAGACGUUUGACUAAAAUAAACUCCCGCUAUUACGGACUCUCGCUAAUGAGGACACUAACUCAAGGCCCCUACAGUGUCCGCUAUAAAGGGAGGUGACUGUACUUCCAAAAAACUCCCACACACACUCAUACAGUGUGAGCCACGUCAGAGGGUCAAUCACAAGGCAUAUCAGUAUCCAGCAGUUUUCGGAGAAAAACAGGAAGUAUCAGAUCAACUUAAUAAUAAUAAUAAUAAUAAAAUAUUUAUAUAGCGCUUAUACUUUUCAGUGCUAAGCGCUUUACAAUACUUCAAAAAGGUCUGAAUAAAAAAUAAAAAUCUUAAAAUCAUUACAUAUAUAUACAUAUAUACAUAGCCACAAAAAUACAAAUUAAAAAACCUAAGAUAGUUCAUAAACUCGUUUAAAAAGAAAGGUCUUCAAUUUAGAUUUAAACUUAUUUACAUUAUUGAUCGAUCUAAUGUCAAUAGGCAAAUCGUUCCAGAGUAUAGGGGCAAUGACUGAAAAAGCCCUGAAACCGUAUGUCUUUAAGUUAUAGGGCUUAAUAACAAGAUGCCACUUGUCUGAAGAUGAUCGAAGGCACCUCGCAGGUUCAUAAACAUGGAUUAGGUCAACCAAAUAAUCAGGAGCUAAAUUGUUGAGUAUCUUAAAACAAAUAAGAUUAAUCUUAAAGAUUAUUCUUGGCUCCACUGGUAGCCAGUGCAACUCCAUUAGAGUAUCACUUAUGUGAUACUCUAAUGGAGUAUCUUUGCAGAAGGUUCCAUCAAUUGUCUACGCAAGUCCUGGGGGGCGACAUAAAGAUUUCUUUUUUAUUUUUCACUUUUCCAUUUUUGUUUUUAACUUUUUGAUUUUUACUUCGCCAUUUUGGAAAAAUGGAAAAGUGAAAAAUAAAAGCGAAAUCACUAUGUGGCCCCCCUGGGCUUCCGUAGUCUACAUCAUCCGUUUAAAGACCUUUUUUAUAGCGUUUCGUUUUUUUGUUCAGAGAUACUGUUGAUAACUGUAUAUUAGAUUUCACGCUUCGUAUGCUGUAUAAAUUGUCAUGGUUGCUUGCUUUUUGGGAGCUAUUUCUGUAAGCACUUCCGUCACUUUUGUUGACGUCACACGUAGCUUGAUCAAAGUGAAACCAUAGUUAGUACAAGAGACUGAUUAGGAAACCCGGCAAACAUCAAAGUUGAAAUUAAUAGUGCUGUAGGUUAUGUUGGAAGCUCCCUGACCGUGCACAAUCCUUUGGUUUUUGUUCACAGAUUGUGACUGAAUAAAUUAAUGCAAUGUUUCUAUUGUUCAGUAAGUUUAAAAUGAUAGGAAUGCUAUUGAGCGUUGUGCAUUGUCAGGUCCAAAAUAGCUAACAAAAACCUAUAACAAGAGGUUUCCCAACCAUUCCACUUUAAUUAACUAUGGUAAAACUGAAAGCUAAAUGAAGGGAAAAAUCCCUCAUACAAGAUUCAUCUUUCCCUUGGUAAAAGUUUUGAUUGACGCUCAGGUUAGUUUUGUGCAGGUCAUGCCCAGUUAUUUCACUUGUGAAGGAAAAUUCAAUUGACUUUUUUACAUAAACUUGUCUUACAAAGUAUCAUUUCCUCGAAGACCCUUUUGUCGUCACGAAUCAAGGACCCACUGCUGUAGUCUUGCGAACUAUCAAGAUUCGGGAAUUUACAGCUGAGGUAUGCAUUUAAUACGUUAGCUUCAGUUACACCUCAGUUGAUUAAGAAAUGCCCUUGGCUUUAUUCGCUCGGAUUUUUUCUGACGAGCUUUAGAUCAUUCGAAGUCGGCACGAUCGUUUAUAUUUGGAGAUGGCAAGACACAAUUUUCAGCUACCGUACCCUGAUCGAAGAAAAAUCAAGACGGUAUGGGAGCGUAUACUUCGGUGUCAUGGUUGUGGAUUAGUUGUGAAUGCGGAGGAAUAGUAAGAAAUGAUAUUUUUCCGGAUACCCUUCCGUACAGAUACCCUUACCUUUCUUCUUUUCUGUAACAGACGAAAUCUUAACUUUUUCACCGGAAGUCUGCUACACUCUCAGUCAAAAUUGUUGGGACACUUUGCCAUUUGCACAGGGAGUUUACAUUAGAUAACAAAGAAUCUCAUACCUCUGUGAUUGCUGUAAUCUGUUAAUUCUCCGAGUGAUAGUUAUCCGUCUGUGAUCAUUUGAGUCGGUUAAGGGCAAAACAGUUCCUUUGGAUCAUCCCUUUCGCUUAUUUAUGGUCUAGAAGUUUCGUCGUCGGUUAUUUAAUAUUUCUUAUUACAAACGAUUUGUUUAAAAGGAUUCCGUACUCUUUGAAUGGUAGUUUUAAUGCUUACGUAACAACAAACAAGGAAGUGCACAUACGAUCAAUGGAAAUCCAGCGCCGGUUGUCAAAGGAUGUGGUUCUUAAAAUCUAGGUUCUUAUACGCGGGUUUUUACUGUAUCGAUAAUGAUAAAACAGAACCAUCAAUGAGUUCCCACCCUGGGGGGAGAAAAACUCCGAGCUGUUUGCUUACUGACGAGCACGGAAAGCGAGAAUUUGUCUAGCAUGCGUAGCAGGCGUCGAAGGGGGUAAGGAUUGGAAGGAAGGAGGGGAGGGAGGGGUGGGUAAUUUGAUACCAUGUUAUUAGUGGAGGAUUAAAAACGGCAAACUGCCUCAAUACACUACAAUCUCUUGUAGUGAAUUCAUAUCAACUUGAUAAAAUUUUAGCGGAGAUAUAAAGUUGGGAGGAGUUUGAGGAAAAACUAUCUUUCGCAAUAUUACGAGUUAAAUUUGUCACCAGACCGGUUGUCAAGCAAGUCCCAGGGGUAGGACAUAUGACAGCACAUCUGCGAUGUCAAUUGAAAUUCCAUUUUACUUCAAGUCGAAUCACACACAAAGUGACUGAACCUCGUUAGAAGGGCACUCAUCCUGCACCAAUCAUAUCCGGCAGUAUAUUCAGAGAAAAACAAAGUCUCAGACCAACUUCCUCAGUGGAAGAUUCGAUCAGUCUACAGCAUCUGUUAUAAGAUCGUUUUGUGAGUUUUUUGUUAAUUUGUUCAGAGAAAUAUUAACAACUGUAUAUUACAAUUAAUGUGACCCCUCAUAUGCUUCAUUAGUUUUCAAAUUUUCCUGGAUGGCUGCAUUUUGGGAGCUGUUUCUGGGAGCACUUACAUCACUUUUGUUGACGUAAUUUAGUUGAUCAAAGUGAAACGGAAAGCUUUUAAAUUAUAUUAAAGGAACGAAAAAUCCCAUAAGUUCAACAUUUUCUUGGUAGAGGGGUUGAUUGUUGCUUCAUGUAAGGUUUGUACAAGUGCCUGUUAUUUGUGGAGGAAAAUACAAUUGACUUUUAUACUUAAACUUGUCGAACAAAAUAUGAUUUGCUCGUAGAUCCCUUGGUAGUGACAAGUCAAGCGAAGUAUCAAGACUAUUUGGGAAUUUAUAACUGAGGUACGCAUUGCAUAGGCUGAAAUUUUACUUAAACUCCAAGGUUCCUUAUUUCGUUGUAUACCUGCCACCUCUCACGCCUGCCGACUUAAGACAUCAAUCUCGCGCAUCAAGGACCAUUCAGCUGACAAUUUCUCACGUCUGACUCGCAAAUUACUCGUGCAUACAUGGUUAAUUAUCAUCCCUUUCUGUAUGAAAGCUAAAUGAAGGGAAAAAUCCCUCAUACAAGAUUCAUCUUUCACUUGGUGAAAGUUUUGAUUGACGCUCAGGUUAGUUUUGUGCAGGUCCCGUUAUUUCAUUUGUGAAGGAAAAUUCAAUUGACUUUUAUACAUAAACUUGUUUUACAAAGUAUCAUUUCCUCGUAGACCCUUUCGUCGUCACGAAUCAAGAACCCACUACUGUACUCUUGCGAACUAUCAAGAUUCGGGAAUUUACAGCUGAGGUAUGCAUUUAAUACGUUAGCUGCAGUGACACACUGACACCUCGGUUGAUUUUGAAAUGCCUUUGGCUUUGAUCGCUGGGAAACGUUCUGACCAGCUUUAGAUCAGUCUACAUCGGUACUAUAUAUCGAUAUUGAUGAAACAGAACCAUCAAUGAGUUCCCAUUCGGGAGGAGAAAAACCCUGAGCUGUUUACUUACUGAUGAGCACGGAGGGUGAAAAUUUGUCUGACUGCGUAGCAGGCGUCAAAAGGGGUAAGGGGAUUAGAAGGAACAGAGGGAGAGAGGGAUGGAUAAUUUGUUACCAUCGGAGUAGUAGAGGAUUAAAACCGGCAAACUGCCUCAAUCUCAUGUCAUGAAAUCAUAUCACCUUGAAAAAAUUUUUUCGGAUAUAAAAAGUUGGGAGGAGUUUAAGGAAAAAUUAAUCUUUCAUAAUAUUACGACCUAAAUUUGUCACCAGUCCAGUUGUCAAGCAAGUCCCAGGGGUAGGACAUAUGACAGCACAUCUGCGACGUCAAUUGAAAUUCCAUUUUACUUCAAAUCAAACACAAAAUGACUGAGCCUCGUUAGAAGGUCACUCAUCCGGCACGAAUCAUAUCCGGCAGUAUAUUCAGAGAAAAACAAAGUCUCAGACCAACUUCCUUAGGGCCUGUUUACAUGGAGGUGGGGGACCCCAGGUAGGUGAGGUAACCCGCUUAGGUGAGGUAAAAAAAUAACCCUCCUUUACAUGCAAUCUUACAACCCCGCCUUCCCGGGGUGCACUUUCUCAAGAUUAUUGAAUGGUGGCUAAGCACGUAAACAAGAAAAAUGCUGGCAAACCACGAGUUUUGGCGAUUAAUGCACUUCUUCACUCACUUGUUGCUCUUGCUGCAACCCGUCAGUGCAGUAGCUUUCUAUUGUUAACUUUAAUCAUAAUGCAAAGACACCGCGAAAGCGAAUUUUGCGCGAAUUUGAUGUAUCACGAAUCCGACCCCGGCCAGGCGGGUUACCCCACCUUGAAACGUUUACAUGAAAAAUUGUGACCCCGGCUGAGAGGGUAACCCGGUCUGGUAGACCGGGCUACCCGCCUUGGCGGGUCACCCCACCUAUCAUGUAAACGUGAUCAAAUGAAAAUGAGAGAUUAUAUGGACAGGCGGGUUACCCCACCUAAGCGGGUUACCUCACCUACCUGGGGUCCCCCACCUCCAUGUAAACAGGCCCUUAGUGGAAGAUUCCAUCAGUCUACAACAUCUGUUAUAAGGUCUUUUUGUGAGUUUUUUGUUAUUUUGUGCAGAGAAAUAUUAAUAACUGUAUAUUAGGUUUAAUGUGAUCCCUCAUAUGCUUCAUUAGUUUUCAAAUUUUCCUAGAUGGCUGCAUUUUGGGAGCUAUUUCUGGGAGCACUUCUGUCACUUUUGUUGACGUAAUUUAGUUGAUCAAAGUGAAACGGAAAGCUUUUAAAUUAUAACGGAAGGGAAAAUCCCAUAAGUUCAACAAUUUCUUGAUAGAGGGGUUGAUUGUUGCUUUAUGUAAGUUUUGUACAAGUGCCUGUUAUUUGUGGAGGAAAAUACAGUUGACUUUUAUACUUAAACCUGUCUUACAAAAUAUGAUUUGCUCGCAGAUCCUUUGGUCGUGACAAAUCAGGCGAAGUAUCAAGACUAUUUGGGAAUUUAUAACUGAGGUAAGGCAUUGCAUAGGCUGACGUUACACUUAAGGUUCCUUUAUACGGUGGCUCGUAGGGACAAAACACUUCCCAGAAUCCAAAAACACUUCGCCAAAACACUUCCCAGAAUCCAAAAGUGUUUUGGAUUCUGGGAAGUGUUUUGUCCCUAUGAGCCACGGUACCUUUACCUUUGCAUUAUACAUUAUUUGCUUGUAUACCCGCCAUCUCUCACGCACUGGGUGAUUCUCACGCCUGCGAACUAAGGACACCAAUCUCGCGCAUCAAGGACAAUUCAGCUGACAAUUUCUCACGCCUGACUCGCAAAUUACACGUGCAUUCAUGGUUAUCAUCCCACUCUGUAUACAGCUGAACCUCCAUUAAGCGGCCAAUAAUCAAAGUCCUGAAAUAAUUUUAGAAAAGAAGGGGAACUUAAACCUCUACCACCUCUAUUAAGCCUGUACACAGACGUUGUUUUAUUUUUCUUUUCGUUCUUUUCGAAAACAUCGGCAAGCGCGGAGCGCGAGAAAGAAAAGUAACGAACGUCGGUCUAUUUUCUUCUUCCCCCACCCCUACCCCCUUGCGCUAGCGGUCACUAAAUCCCCCGCGGUUUAUAUUUUUUUAUAGCCUGUGUACAGACCCCCCUCCCGUCAGUAACAAUCUCCGAAUUUUUACUGAGGUUGGGGGGGGGGGGUCUGUACACAGGCUAUAUUUUUAUCUUUGAAGAGAAAAUAGAGGGUCUGUGAACAGGCUACAAAUAGUUGUAGAAAAAAAUGGGAAAAUAAACCUCUAUUGAGCGGUCACCUCUAUUAAGCGAUCGCGGCCACCUUUCUGCCGUUCCAACUCUCUUUCCAGGUCUGUUCACUGUGCCCCUGAUGAGAAUGACAGACCUUCUGAGGGGACUAAAAUUUUAAAUAACAUCAGUCUAUGUUCCCGUCUAUAUUAGUGAUCUCACUAGUACUUUAAUAAUAACAGUGUAACAUAGCUAUUUAUCUAUUUAGUUCUCGUACCAUAGCUAAAUGAGUAUUUACCACUUACUUAAUGCUAUGCAUUCUUAUUAAAAAAAACUAACGUAUUUGUGGCUAUUCUUCCCGCAGCUGCAUGUAGUUUACGCUCAAUGAACUGAUGUGUAGUCAUUGAACCACUGGUGUGGUAAUUGAUCUGUUGUCUACUUAUUGAACUGCUGUGUCGUUAUUGAACUAACAAAAAAGAAAACAUAGUUUUUCCAUAGUUGUCAACUCUAUUAAGCGGCCAUCAAGCACUUGACGCACUAAGUUUAGCCAUAUUUUAAGAAUAUGAUGAAGACAGUCCGAGAUAGAAGGUGACGGCCGAUUGUGGACCAGUAAUGCUGCCCCUGUUGAGUGUUCGUUUUAAAAUAAAGUGAUGUUUCUAGACCAAAGAAUAUGCAUGAAUGGCGACCAAUGGAGAGACUGAUCACCUUGGUUGUGGACAUUUCAUACAAAUUCACUCUUGUAUGAGUAUUUUCUUUCUUUAAACACUUGCAUAAGUGAUAAAAAAUUUGUACUUUUUACAUGGAUUCAGUGCUUGAUAAUGAAGGCCCGCAUAUUCAAUAAUCAUAUAUCAUGAUCACUUUAAUAAUUCUCAUGAACUGCAUCCUUAAUGACAUGACAUUAGUUUGCUUACGCCCCGUGAGAAACCUCUGCAGCAAGCCGCUUGGGAUUUCCGUUGAGCAUGCGCCAGAUUAAUUAUUCGUUGCUAUAGAGAUAAUGACGUAAAUUUUAUCACUUAAAAGAAAUUAGUGCGGUCAACACUUAUUUCCAUCCGCCAAACUGACGUUGACAGAUUAAUGAUUCGUACACAAAGUAAGGGUUAGGGUUAGGGUUGUCAGGAAAUCCUCGGUGGUGUAGGGGUUAAAGUAAUGCACUGCAGAGCCGAUACUCCGAGAUCGAAUCCUACUCGUGCCAUCUUGAAUUUCUUUUUCCCUUAAAAAUUGAAGAGACUUAGGCUUUUAUGAACAGAAAUUUCAAGAGACAAAGAAAUUUCAUGUAAGAAAAGUGAAAUGUCUUGUGAGAGCCACUGAGAGGAAAAUGUCAGUUUGGCGGAUGGAAACAAGUGACGAGAUUACCUAGCCGAGAUUUCCUAGCCGUCGCUUCUCUCCCGGAAAUUCGUCUGCUGUUCGUAGGUUACCCAUUUGCUCCUGUUGCACUCUAAUGUCAAGGACAAAGACAAACCGGAGGACAGACAGGAAGCAGUAUUAAAGAUCAAAUGCUGCGACUGCCAGGCUACUUACAUUGGUGAAACCGGCAGAAACCUUAGCACGCGACUGACCGAACGCAAAUGAGCGACGAGAAAUGGUGACGUCAACAAUUACAUUGCCGAUCACCAUUUACAGGCGAAACAUCAAAUCGACUGGGACUCUGCGACAUGUAUUAGCUAUUCUCAGACUACUAUCAACGAUCCACUUUAGAAAGCUGGUUUACUAACUGAGAACAAACGUCAUUGAAUCGUAGUCAACAGUUGCCGGCACCGUACAAACAACUUUAUUGACGGACUAAAGCAAAACUAAUUACGAGAGAAUGACUGGACAACCGACAAUUUGACUAACAUAAACGACUGUUUAACUGUGACAAUAUAGACGGAUGGAAAGUCAACUGUCCAAUGACAUUACGAGUCUUCAUAGCCAAUAUUAAAAUCAUUGCUUAACUGACAGACGACCAAUAGCAUCGCGACUUAAUUGUCCAAUCAGAUCAAUAACCAGAGUUUAAUACAGUCAAACGUCCCGUAAGCGAGCACCCAAAAUGCAAAGACUUAGUGGUCGCUUACGGGAGGUGGUCGCUUACAAGAAUCGAACCACAGGGGGCCUCUUCCGAGAAGAGGUCUGGGCACAUCUACUUUAUGGAAGAUAAUUUAUUGUAUGCAAUUUCUAAGUUACGCCAUGUGUACUGAGUUCAAUGUUGUUUCUAAAGUUCUUCGUACAUGUCGUAUAUUCUAAGUAGGAUAGUGCACACAGCGAACUAAGGAUCAGAGAAUGCGUCAAGUGGUCGAGUUUGGUCGCUUAGUAGAGCUUAAAAACAAUGGAAAAUCAUUAAACCUUCAGGCCCAAAAAGUGGUCGCGGUCGCUUACAGGAGGUGGUCGUUUCCUAGAGGUUCCAACUGUAAGGCUUUGACUAGGAAAGUUUUGGUGCAUGAGUUUUGGAUUGGCGGUCUCUUAUGGGAGGUGGUCGCUUACGAGAGGUGGUCCCACAUGGAGGUUCGACUGUACCAUCAACUGACGUAAUACAACUCACUUUGACUCUGAAGAUGACUACCGCGCGUCGAUCAAUAUAAACAACAGUUCUGUUUAGGACUUCGUUAAUCCUGACCAUCAUGCUCAUCCUGCUUAUAGAUCUACUGAAGAAAAUAUGAGGGAAAAAAGGGAAACUCCUCAGGUUUUUACACCGAGUUGGACUUGAGCUGGAACCGAGCACACCAAGGGGCCGGGGGGGGGGGCUAUCCCUAUUUUAUUGACUUUAUAUUAACCAUUUUGAAAACCCACAAGCUUAAAAUGAUAGUAACUUUCUCAGUGUUUUAGUGGUAAAGAAAUAGGUCUUCUUUUCAAUUGCUAAACACUUGUAUUCCACAACCCAGAGAUGUUAACCCUUAGAAAUAAGUUCACUUUCCCAAAUUUGAAUUUACUGAAAUGUUUCCGCUGGCCCGGUCUGUAGUUUGUUGACAACAAGUUUAUUUUUUCAGUGGAAGGUAGAUGAAUGUAUAAUGAGUAGAUAGACAAUUUUUAUUAUAUAAACACCAAUGAAAUACCAAUUGAGCUUUCGUGCGAAAACUUGAUAUCUUAACAUUUGAAAAUAACAUGUUAUCUUCACAUGUGAAAAUGUCAUUGUUGCUAUAGAGUGUUUUCACUCACGUGGCCAGCAUCUAUGCAAAUUUAUUGGAACAAAAGAAAGCGUUCGCAUAAGAAAAGAGUACAACUCUCAGAGGAUUGGUUUGGGACACCAACAUGGCCGCCGUUUCAUUGUUUUGGGACACCAAUAUGGCCGCUGAGAAGUCAUGUGAAAACACUCUAUAGCUUCAUAAUAAACCGCACCUUGAGACCAAAAAACUAUUUAAGUAAAAUGGUUGGUAUUUCAUUGGUGUUUAUAUAAUAAAUAGAACAUUACAUGAGCGCUUGGAGAUACGAAAUUUCUCUUGUGUUGAAAAAAAAAAAUUUCACGAGUGAGCGCAGCGAACGAGUGAAAUAUUUCUCAACCCUCGAAGAGAACUUUCCCAUCUCCGCGCGGCCAUAUAAUAUCCUCUAUAUAUAUGUACGCCAUGUUUAAAAAAUGGUAAAUCUGUUUCUUUGUUGUUGUUGUUUUUUUAUUUCGAUCAUUAUCACCAAACGAAUGUUAAUAUUUUCCUUUUUUAGAGAAGACCCCAGUCCAUCAAGUCAUAUUAUACAACCAUGAAGGAUCCCUUUUUGAGGCAAAUCAAAGGCGACUGUGAUAGACAAAAACGAAUAGUAAAGGAGCUAAUAAAUAAGCUUUUACUCCAGCUUUUAAUUUUACUUUUCAGACCCUUUUCGUUAUCGCACAUAAUGGCAAAUGGUAUCAGCAGAAAAAAGAAACCACAAUAUGUGGCUGAGCUGAAGUAGCAAAGCCAGCAAAAAAAAUAUGACAACCGCAGCUAUUAAUGGCAAAAUUGGCGACCCCUUUGUGAACUUUAAAGAUUUCCAGAACGCCCUAGGUAUCGCCUAUUACAGACUUGGAGAUUUUCGGAAAGCUAUAGAGUACCAUGAACGACACCUCAUAAUUUCGAAAGAAGUGGGAGACAGGGCAGGAGAAGGAAUAGCGUACUGUAAUCUUGGCAACGCCUAUGACAGUCUUGGAGAUUUCCAGAAAGCCAUAGAGUACCAUGAACGAGACCUCAAAAUUUCGAAAGAAGUGGGAGACAGGGCAGGAGAAGGAAAAGCGUACUGUAAUCUUGGCAACGCCUAUUACAGUCUUGGAGAUUUCCAGAAAGCCAUAGAGUACCAUGAACGAGACCUCAUAAUUUCGAAAGAAGUGGGAGACAGGGCAGGAGAAGGAAAAGCGUACUGUAAUCUUGGCAACGCCUAUGACAGUCUUGGAGAUUUCCAGAAAGCCAUAGAGUACCAUGAACGAGACCUCAAAAUUUCGAAAGAAGUGGGAGACAGGGCAGGAGAAGGAAGCGCGUACGGUAAUCUUGGAAACGCCUAUCACAGUCUUGGAGAUUUCCAGAAAGCCAUACAGUACCAUGAACGACACCUCAAAGUUUCGAAAGAAGUGGGAGACAGAGCAGGAGAAGGAAAAGCGUACGGUAAUCUUGGCGUCGCCUAUUGCAGUCUUGCAGAUUUCCAGAAAGCCAUAGAGUACAAUGAACGACACCUCAAAAUUUCGAAAGAAGUGGGAGACAGGGCAGGAGAAGGAAAAGCGUACUGUAAUCUUGGCAACGCCUAUUACAGACUUGGAGAUUUCCAGAAAGCCAUAGAGUACCAUGAACGAGACCUCAAAAUUUCGAAAGAAGUGGGAGACAGGGCAGGAGAAGGAAAAGCGUACGGUAAUCUUGGCAACGCCUAUGACAGUCUUGGAGAUUUCCAGAAAGCCAUAGAGUACUAUGAACGAGACCUCAAAAUUUUGAAAGAAGUGGGAGACAGGGCAGGAGAAGGAAAAGCGUACGGUAAUCUUGGCAACGCCUAUUACAGUCUUGGAGAUUUCCAGAAAGCCGUUCAGUGUUAUAAGAACAGUGUUAUAGCCUUCGACUACAUUAGGAGAAAUCUCAUAUCUAAAGACGAAUGGAAGAUUACCCUUAAAAGUACGUAUGAUCAUGUUAAUUUGAGGCUGUGGGAGCUGCAGUUUAAGGACGGUGAAGUCAUUGAGGCACUUUUAACUGCUGAUCAAGGACGUGCAGGAGCUUUAAAUGAUCUUCUGGAGUCCAAGUAUGGCCUCAAAGGGCUACGCCCAGAAAUAGGAACACCUUCUGCAAGACCAAGUGACUUUGCUAUUUACUUACCAGCAAAUACAGUUUUCAUGGGUAUCAGUGAGGGAGGAAUAGUUCUCUGGGUGAACGAGAAAGGAAAUGAAAUCAAAACUAGAAGAACUGAGAUUGAUAGGUCCGUCACAACCUAUUUUCAGUCUCUAUUGGAGGCUACACAUAAAGAAAUAGGUGCAAGAGCUGAUGUUAAUUGUGAAGAUCGCUCAUUAAGAAACCCAAGCGAUAAAAAGCUAGCGGAAGAAAGAUCCCCCAGGAAGCCAAGGUCUCACCCUUCAUAUUUUGAGUCAAAGUCAUUACAAACAUUGUACGAUGUUGUUAUAGACCCUAUAAGAGACUUACUCGACGGCGAUGAAAUUGUGAUUGUUCCACAAGGACCUCUGUGUUUGGCGCCUUAUGCUGCUUUUAUGGACAUGAAAUCAAAUUACUUCUGCGAAUCUUUCAGAAUUCGUCUACUCCCCUCGCUUUCUAGUCUUCGAUUAAUCCAAGACUGUCCAGCAGAUUGUCACAGCAAGACUGGCGCUCUUCUCGUCGGCGAUCCGUGGGUACAGGAGGUAACGACGCUAGAGCAGUUAGCGUGGGCCGAAAAAGAAGUGCAGAUGAUUGGGAAAAUUCUUCACACUGUACCUCUCGUUGGAAAGCAGGCAACAAAAGAUGAAGUUUUGAGACGUAUCUCCUCAGUUGCUUUGGUGCAUAUUGCUGCUCACGGUGAAAUGGAAACAGGAGAAAUUGCCUUGGCUCCAAACACAACGCGUUCAUCCGUGGAUCUAGCCGAGGACUAUCUCUUAACUAUGAAAGAUGUUUUAGAUGCGCAGAUAAGGGCAAGACUUGUUGUACUUAGUUGUUGUCACAGUGCUCGGGGAGAAGUCAAAUCUGAGGGUGUGGUCGGCAUCGCACGGGCUUUUUUGGGUGCUGGUGCUCGUUCUGUUCUGGUGUCCCUGUGGGCGAUUGACGACGAGGCUACGAUGGAGUUCAUGGAAUUUUUCUACCGACAACUAGUCAAUGGAAGAAGUGCCAGUGAGGCUCUAAAUAAAGCCAUGAAAUCCCUGAGAGAAUCUGACCGGUUUAGUGCAGUGAAGUACUGGGCACCGUUUGUUCUCAUUGGUGAUGACGUAACGCUCGAGUUUGAGGGCAUCAAAUAA